AGGGAGAACUUCGGUACAGCCAUGCGUGUGCAAUUUCAGACGGACACAGGUAUUGAAGAGAUAUUUGUUAAACAUUCUUUGAUGUUAAUGAUUCUAAAGUUUUUUUUCUCUUCAUGGCAAAAGAUGAACUGAAAGUGCACAAACCUAGCCAGGGCACAAGUGAACUAAAAGAUAUGAUAGCAACGAUAAGUUAACAUUAGUAAUUUCAAAUAGGAUUUUCUUUCUUAAUUAUGUAAUUUAUACGUUUUACACUUUUAUACUCCAUGACAUUCUUUUACUUGUAUUUUUUAUUUUGAUCCUGCCCUCCCUUCUUUAACAUAAGUAUUUUCUUUACAACUGUGUGUGUGCUUAGCUUCUUGUUUCUUUAUUGGUUUUGUACAGUGAUGUUUGGUUUUAGUCUGUUUUUUUUUAUAUUCUUAAAGAGAAAUUGUCUUUUCAUACCACUAAACAUUAAAGGCACACUAUAGGCACCCAGACCACUUCAUCUCAUUGAAGUGGUCUAGGUACAGGGUCCCUUUCCCACUUAGCACUGCAAUGUAAAUCAUUACAAUUUUUUAGAAACUACAAUAAUUACCAUGCAGGACUGCUUCUAGUGGCUGUCAAUCAGGCAGCCACAUGAAGCACUUCCUGGCUGCUUACAGACUCUAGGUCCUCUAAAUGAUACUGGAGAUGUCCUCAUGCUCUGCAUCAGUGAAAUCCCCAUAGGAAAUCAUUGAAGAAUGAGAGGGCCUAUUGCGGUCGAGGAGCUAGCCACACAUGCGCACUAGAAACUCACUCUUCCCCGUCGGAUAAAGUUGUACAAUCAUAAACAGAAACAAGUGAAGAUGAUUUUCUUUGUGGUAUGGGGAAAUGCAUUUUUUGCCUGUGUCUCCUACUUUCCCUGUAACUCAAACAAAGCUACAACCCAGCGCUGAGGGACUUCAAGUGACUAAAGGGAUUUCUAACCUUUUACAUUCUGUGGGGGAGGGUGCAAGGGAGAGGGGGACAAUAGAGAAAUACAGAUUUGAUUUCCUAACACAUUCCCUUUAAAGGGACGCUAUAGUCACCAAAACAACUUUAGCUUAAUGAAGCAGUUUUGGUGUAUAGAUCCUGGCCCGACAGUCUCACUGCUCAAUUCUCUGCGAUUUAGGAGUUAAAUCACUUUGCUUAUACAUCUCUAGUCACACCUCCCUUCAUGUGACUACAAAGCCUUCCUAAACACUUCCUGUAAAGAAUUAUCUUAUGUUAACACGCCCUUUAUUGCAAAUUCUGUUUAAUUUAGAAUGUCUUAUCUCCUGCUCUGUUAAUAGCUUGCUUGACCCUGCAGAUAUAGUGAUCAAUUGAAUCAAUGGAUCUCUAUCGGUAGUGUUCACCACCUCCAUGUAGAGCGUGGAGACACUCAACGUAAGUGCUGCACACUGCGCAGUACUGGAGUAGGAGGCAACCCUAGUGACCAUAUGAGUGACUGCCACUAGAGGUGUUUCUUGGCAGCAAUGUAAACACUUUCUCUGAAAAGGUGUUUACAGUACUCAGCCUUCAAGCACAGGCUGUAGACACCAGAAACACUACAUUAAACUGUAGUGGUUCUUGUGACAAUAUUAUCAAUUUAAUAAGACGUCUUUCUCUCACACUUCAAUCAACUCUUUGGCAAAAAAAAUUUCACUUGUUUCUCUUAACCUCCCUUUUGAAUUUCUUGCCCCCUUUUGUGCUUCUUAUCCCCUCUUUUGAUUCUUACCUGCUUUAGUGUACUUUAUCUACAAUGUUUCCCUUUUGUGUAUCUUACACCCUUCUUGUUUAUCUUUAAACCACUCUUUGGCUAUCUUUUACUUAAUCCCAUUGUUUUUCCCAUUCUCCAGCUCCUCUGUAUGUCUCUUUCCCCCAAGCCCCUUUCAUGUGUCUCUUAACCCCAGUCCCUUUGUCUAUUUAUCCCCUUCCCCAGACACUCUGUGUCUCUCUUUCCCCACAGCCUCUCGGUGUGUCUCAUUCUACCCUUCCCCAGCCACUCUGUGUCUUUUGUUUGGCUUCCCUGCCCCUCUGUGUGUCUUUCACCCCCAAGCACCUUUGUGUGUCUCCCCCCACACCUUUAUGUGUCUCAUUCUUGCCCCAGCCCCUCCUCAUUUCUCAUUUCCCCCCGCCCUUCCAUGUGUCACAUUAGCCUACAGCUGUCUCAUUUUCCCCAAGCACCACCAUGUGUCUCAUUCCCCCCCAACACCUCCAUGUAUCUCAUUUCCCCUACAGCCCCUCCAUAUGUUCCAUUUCCCUUACAGCCCCCCCAUGUGUCCCAUCCCCCUCAGCCUCCCAUGUGUUCCAUUUCCUACCAAGCCCCUCCAUGUGUCUCAUUUACCCCACAGACCUUCCAUGUCCCUCCAUGUGCCCAUUCCCUCAGGACCUCCAUGUGUAUCACUCCCCCCUCCCCUUUCUGUACCUCCACGUAGCAUACCGAGCCACAGACCGGGGUAGAAGAGCUUCUGUUCCCCUACCUGGUCUGACAGUAAGCAGUUUGGCACUCUCUGUACAAUCCUGUCAGACUUGGUAGGGGAAGAGAAUCUCCUCUAACCAGGUCCGCUUCUUGGCCAUGCUACAUGCAGUGACCGACAGGAGGGGAGUGCUUCCCCUCCUGCUGGUUACCCUGCAAUUGCGCCGUGUGCACCCUGGCCCAUGCUAAGCAGCUGCAUAUCGGCCGGACCACUGGGAAAUUACCUGGUAUGUCCAGUCUGGCCCUGUUAAGAAUGUAAUUAGCUGCAUGACAAUGUUAUACAUGGUUCACCAAACCACUUGUCUAAAACCUGGAUGACUGUUUGACAUUUAAGUUAAGCCAGUUAGGUGUGAAAGCGCAUACUGAAAUCCAUAUAAAACCAUAACCAUGUUUAGUUUUUUUUUGUUCACACUUAGACUCCAUCUAUGUACCAUAUUUUCUGAAUCAGUUAUUGCCUUUAUAUUAAAGUACCGGUAUCUACCAUAAUGCAGUAUUUAAUGCCAUCAGAUUAUGUUAAUUUCUAAAUGGAUGUAAUAGGCUAUAAGUAGAUUAAAGAUGUAAUUCCAAAUGCAAAGGUAUGUAACACACACUACACAUAUUUAUGCCAGUAGUCUACAGUUCAGUAGGUGUGCAGUAUAAAUUAGUAUCCAGCACUUGAGAAUUGAGGUGUGUUAGAGUAAUGUAUUUCAGUAAUACAUUAACAUUUGAAAUUAAUUUACAUAUUGUGUUAAACCUGGAAUCUCUUUGUUUGUCUGAAAUGAAAUCUGAUGGAAUAGCAGCAAAGUAUGAAAAUAUUUGGUGUUGUGGCAAAAAAAAUAACUCAAAUUAUACACAAAUUGCUGGUGUUUUUUUCCUUUGUGUUUUCUUUUAUGAUUAUUACAAAUUAUGAUUUAUGCAUGCUUACCUGUUACAUUUCCAGCAACCUCAAAUUACCUGCUGUACACCAGCCUUAUGCUGUUUAUCAGACACAGCAUUGCUAUAUUUAUAUCUCGCUGUAGCCCUGUCCUGAAUACAGGUUUGAAGAAGCUACAUGGUAUGCAGGAGAUCUAUCAAAUCAAGAAAAAAAUAAAAUAAAAUUCACGUAUGCAAUUUUACAUAAUCUGAGUCUUUUACUGAGUAAACAAACCACAUUUAUUUGUAUGUGUUCAUAUUGAUGUGUCAAUAAAAAAAAAUAAUUAAGUGAGAUUAGUCUUAGACUUUUUAUGUACCUUCUAAUUAGGUGUAAUUUAGUUUAAAAAAGGUAUCUUGGCCUCUGCCAAACAUUAAUAUGGAAAGUACAGACAAUACAAGAAUGCUUUUUUUGCUGAAAUCUUCACCAUGUGUACAUUCCAUGGUGCAUAAUGCUUUUCUGUAAGCAACCGAAUUGUAGUCAUUACUCAUUUAACCAUAACUUUUAAACUACAAUCUUCUUUUUUUCAUUAUAUAAUAAUAAAUUAGAUAUAGCUUUUUUUAUGAUAGGUUGGGAUAAUGUUUGAACCAGAAUAUUAACGUAACCUGACCUCUACUUUUAUCUUUUUUUUUCUAGAUUAUUUGUGCAUUAGCAUGUUGAUGACAACUACACUUUAGUGACUUUGCAGAACCUGUGUCAAUUUGCACCAAAAGACCCUUUCAAGGCCAUAUGAAGUGCUUGGAAUAAUAUCAACAAUGUUGGUCAUGUAUAGAACUCCUGUAUAAUACUCAUAUCCUACUAAGUGGAAAAGCUGAUACUGAUAUAUAAACUUGCUAACUUGGAAGGGCUUCCAAGAACAUGGAAACAAUGCCAAUUUGAGAAGGAACCCGUCACAAUCAAUGUGUCUGUACAGCAUUAAAGUAAGCUAGCACUCAAGAACUAUCAAAAAUGGACUCUGAAGAUACAAAUCUAGGGCAAGAAGCUACCUCAAGGUCUGGUGAGUCUGAAAAAGUACCAAAUAGAUGGAGACAGGAAAAUCCAGCAGUGGCUGCAAUGAGCAAUUAUGGCAGUCAAGAGGGAGAGAGGCAGCAGCCAGUCAACCCUGAGAGCAUCAGAAACCCCACAUCAGCACAGCAUUUUGGUUCUUUGAAAGCAGUUUCACAGAGUGAAAGUGUGCAGCAUAUCCCAGAUAAGCAAUACGCACAGAAGCGCCAUGGUUCCUAUGGCCAGCGGCAUUCCCUUUCUUUUCCUCAACAUAAUGUCCACCAACAGAGGUUAGUGCACAGCACAAAACCACACCAGAGCCUGGAAGGACAUGCCUACCCAUUUCAUAGUCACUUAUCUGUUGCCUCUGAGGACUUGUUUUUCAGAAUGCAUGGACCUAGUCAAGCAUUCCCCAGAAAGAAAAUUACAGGACUUACAUCUUAUAGCCAAUAUUCCCAAAAGUCUCUUGAACAAUCAGAAGAUACUCAUAAAAAAGAGCAGAAGCCCAAAAAACCUGGCAAAUAUAUAUGUCCGUAUUGUACACGGGCUUGUGCCAAACCUAGUGUACUGAAGAAACACAUCAGGUCUCACACAGGGGAACGUCCAUACCCAUGUGUCCCCUGUGGUUUCUCUUUUAAAACAAAAAGCAAUUUAUACAAGCACAGAAAGUCUCAUGCCCAUGCUAUCAAAGCUGGGCUAGUUCCUUUCACAGAUGCAGCUGUUUCAAAAUUAGAUUUAGAUGCGUCUUGCAUCGAUGUGGAAACAGAAAUACAUUCUGAUGGAGAACAGAGCACUGACACAGAUGAAGAGACAUUGUUGCUGGUUGAAGACUCUGAAAAACUGAGCCAAUCUCCACAAAUUCCUCUGGACAUAAGUGUUCGAAGUGAAGAGUUUUUAGAUCCAGGUUUCCAUGUGUCUUCAGAUGAGUCCUUAAUUGGUCCAAUGAAAGUGCCAAUACUUAUAAUCCCCAAAAGUGGCAUUCAAUUAUCAAGUGAAAGUGCCCAAUUUAUGGCAUCUGAGAUAAUGCUCAAUCAAUCACUGAGUGGUAAAACCGAUGAUUCCCACACAGUUAGACAAAAACUUGCAUUAAGGCUGACUGAAAAGAAAGUGCAAGAUCCAGACAAAACAUUAAAUCUACUGAGCCCCCACAGUAAAGGGAGCACAGAUUCGGGUUACUUUUCUCGCUCUGAAAGUGCUGAACAGCAAGUCAGCCCCCCAAAUACCAAUGCAACAUCAUAUGAGGAAAUUAUAUUUGGCAAAUAUGGCAGACUGAGUCCAAGAUCCUCUGUACCAAGCCAGGAUGCUAACUACCCAAUUGUAAACACUGUUAUUAUGGAGGAACAUAUGUCACAUCUUAUUACAAAGAGGGAAGGCAUCCUAGACUAUGACAAAAUUAGAGGUGUGAAAUACAGAUUGCCUGGAAUCCAUGGUCCUGAAAUACAUAAAUCUCAUCUUAUGACAGAACCUGUUGAAAUUGAAGCUAAGCUUUAUCAAGAAAUUCAGCAUGGCCAGACGGCAGUGCUUUUAGCAACACCUGGGGACAGCUCACCACUUAUAAGAAGCAACUCCAUGCCAACAUCCUCUGGAACUAAUUUAAGCAUUCCCCCUUCGAUAAGAGGAAGUCAUUCAUUUGAUGAGUGUAUGACUGGCUCAGAUGAUGUAUUUUAUCCAGGGACAGGGGGCAUCCCACAUCCACGCCCUUUAAGACGGCAAGAAGCUUUUGAACUGCCUUCAGUCAUGCAGGGUCAUUCUGAUUUUGAUACUUAUGGGAGGGCAUCCAAGAAUGCAGCUGCUGCUUACAACAGGAAAGGCAUGCAUGAAAAGUCUUUAUCUAAAGAAAAGAAAAUGGAAAGGUUAAUGUAUGAAUGUAAUGUCUCAGGUGUGCACCAUAAAAGAUGGGAGGAAUUUGAAAGUCACAAACAAGGAUACAGAGAUAUGCAGCAAAUUGGUGGAAUCAAACAGGUUGGAGAUUACUUUACUGAUGUUACAGGACCUAUAGUCUCUCGUUUUGGAACAGUCGCUGAAAACCGAAAGCGCAGAAAGGAAAAAAGUGUUGGAGAUGAGGAGGAUAGUCCAAUGCCUUGCAGUGGAAUUGGUAGUCCACUCAUAUCAGAUUAUGAUACAAAAAAUGAUGUUUCAAGGAGCAGGUUUGUUGAUUCAGGGCAAGAAUACCCAUAUGGAACGCAAGUGGAACGUUUUGAUAUGUGUAGAUCACAUGUACAGCCUGGUAGUCCUGUUUCUAUAUUAGAUGAAUCCUCUUCUGGUACUGAUCCAGAAAAAAUGACAGAAAUAAUCAGUAGAAAACCCCCUGGUAAUGUCAUCUCUGUAAUUCAGCACACUAAUUCUCUGAGCAGACCAAACUCUUUUGAAAGGUCUGAGUCUACGGAACUUCUAACGUGCAAUCAAGAUAAGGCUUGUUCACCUUCUGAGGCUUCUGAUAGUGGGAAUACAAUGUCUUCAAUGAGUCCAGACUGGACACAGCAAACUGAAAAUCCUGAAGUUACAGGCCGGCCAUCUCCAUCUCAGCUCUCACAACAGUCAGUAUAUCACAUGCCUCCUAGAUUGGUCCGCCAGCAUAAUAUCACAGUACCUGAGAUUCGUGUGACAGAGGAGCCAGACAAGCCAGAGAAGGAAGUAGAAAUUCCAGUUAAAGAACCUGAAAAGACAACUGAAGAAUUUCAGUGGCCUCAGAGAAGUGAAACCCUUUCUCAACUCCCUGCUGAGAAACUGCCACCAAAAAAGAAGCGUCUACGUCUGGCAGACAUGGAUAACUCAUCUGGUGAAUCAAGCUUUGAGUCGACAGGCACAAGUCUCUCCCGAAGCCCAAGUCAGGAGAGUAACUUAUCUCAUAGUUCAAGUUUGUCAAUGUCAUUUGAGAGGGAAGAACUCAUGAAAUCUGCAACUCCUACGAAACAAGAUGAAAUAGGAAGGCAUGCAGAAUUUUUAACAGUUCCUCCUGGUUCCUAUUCUCUCUCUGUGCCAGGCCACCAUCAAAAAGAAAUGAGGCGCUCCUCUUCAGAACAAAUACCAUGCCCUAUACUAACUGAAAUCCCUGAGAUUCGUAGUAAAUCUUUUGACUACGGUAACCUUGCCCAUGCUUCAGGGGCUGGGGCAACCACUACAACUUUAUCCCCAGCCCGUGAGAGGAAAAAAUGUUUUCUUGUACGACAAGCUUCUUUUAGUGGUUUUCCUGAAAAUGCACAGACAGAACAAGAACUUGGUAAUCAAGAAUCAGCAGAUCAGCAGCACACUUCUCGCAAGUCUCCACAGACAGGUUGGCAUCAUUCACCUUCAACGUCAUUAUCAGGCUCGACAGGACAUUCUACUGAAGAUUCUGGAAACGUACUUGUUGGAAUUUCUGGACAACCUAUGAGUACCUCACCCCACUUUUCACAGCAGCCCAUUAGUAGCCAUGAUGCAUUAAGACAUUCUUUUGCCCCUCAAUCUUCAUAUAUCCCCAAAAGACAUACAUCUAAACAGCAACAUGCAUUUUCACAUCCUGAGAAGAUUUUGUACCCUCCCGUUCACAAUGCAUUUCAAUUACCUUAUACCUCUGUGUGUAUGUCUCACAUACCAUCCCACCACCCACUUUUGUGGCCCACUUGUAUAGAUCCUUUACAGAGACAUUUCCAACAAAAUUUGCAUCAGAUAAAAUCAUAUUUCAAACCACCUAUCCAAUCAGAGUCACACCCUUCAUUUUAUUUUGAAUCUACUCAGGAGCAUACUGGUUGUAAGCCAAUAAAUUACAUCCAUGGGAUGGAAACAAUCUACCAGCCAUAUUUAGAACCAUCCACACAAAAAUCAAAAGCUAUGCUUGGAAAACUACAGAGAGACCACAGUGGAGGCUCAAGUGAUUCCACGUCUGAUCAGCACCUUCAGAUAGUUUCUGCUUCCCCUGAUAUUGGUUCUAUUCAGCCUAUUCCAGGAGCUAUUGUCCCUGUCAGAAUUCAGACUAAUGUGCCAUCGUAUGGAAGUGUAAUGUAUACUAGCAUUUCACAAAUUGCUGUAACACAUGCACAAACUAAAAACUCAACACUUGUAAUAUGCAGAGUGGAUGGGAGUACAUCACAGAGGAUACUGGCAACAACAGCAUCUAUGAAAGAUUUGGGAUUCAACAUAGCCAAGAUGUUAGCACCCUGCAAAGACAUAGAACAAUAUCCCCUGUGGAAAGUGCCACAGACAUUACCACUUGGUUUGGAAUCUGAAAUUCCUCUGUGUUUAACUUCCAACUCUGAGAGUGCUUCCACUUUUGGAGGUGGAAAACGCAUGCUUUCUCCAGCGAGCAGUUUGGAACUUUUCAUUGAAACCAAACAGCAAAAGCGAGUCAAAGAGGAAAAGAUGUAUGGGCAGAUUGUUAAGGAACUGAGUGCUGUUGAACUUACAAAUUCUGACAUUAAAAAGAACCUGCCACGGACAUCCAAACCUCAGUUGGUUAGGCAAGGUCAUACUACUGAGCAAAAGGACAGUCUCUCUUCAGCAACAGAAUCACCGCCACCUGCAGCAUCAGUUUCUACUGUUGUAGACAAAGAAUUACCUGAAUGUAAGAACAGUGAUAGCCCAGAAGGUCGAAUGUCACCUGAUGAGUUCUACAAUGAGGAGACAUCAUCAGAUAUGAGUUUAAGCCCUGAGAGGACACCAAGUGAAUUUAUUGAGGAUGAGCCAUUGAAAAGUCAGAAGCCAUCUGCUGGUAUAUUUGUUCAAAUGUCUGAUAGUUCCAGUGGAAUAGGGGGAUCUUCAAGGAGUCUUCUAAAAGAUGGGGCAGAAUUUCAACAGAUUCUUCAAUUUCCUAGCCUACGUACUACAACAACAGUUAGCUGGUGCUUUCUAAAUUAUGCAAAACCAAGCCACACAGAGCAAGCAUCCCUCAAGUCAUCUGUUUAUGCUUCAUGGUGUAUCAGCUCAUGCAAUCCUAAUCCUUCUGGACUUAAUACAAGAACUUCUUUAGCACUUCUAAGAUCGAAGCAGAAGAAUACAGUGGAAAUAUAUACAAUGGCAGCAAUGCAUAGAUCUGGAGCUGGCAAGUUAACAUCAUCAAGUGUAUGGAAGCUGCAGUUUGCACAGGUAAUAUAUAGAAAAUAUGUACUAAUGAUAAUUAUUCAGUAACUGCAAAUUCUAGCUUUUCUUUCUCAGGGAUUAUAACCUUGGGUGAUAUUACUCUUGAAAUAAUCCUUAAACCUGGAUGAUGUCACUCUUGAGAUACUCAUUCACUCAAAAAGAAAGCAACCAACUUGUAGUCUAUCACUGAUUUAUAUGGAUAAUACACUACUGCACUGUUUUCAUUAAUCAGAUUUGAGGAUCAUUUCCUUGUCCACUUUGUAAAAUCACUAAUCUCUGUAAAACAACUAGAUUAGGGUUCUAUACAUACAUAAAGGAAAAUCAAUACCAAAAUACAUUCCUGUGAGGAAAAUCUGCCAAUGCAUUUUAUGAGAUAGCUCUGUGCUUAGUGUUCUAGCUGUAGUAUGCUAAUCACCUGUUUUAAUGUGCAGGUUCGAUUCAAUAGUUAAAGAUUAUAAAGUGAACGAGUACCACACAUAUUCCAAUACGUACUAAAUGUACUCUUUUCAUAUUUAGAUAUCAUUGUAAGAUAUACAGCUCCUGAUAACAAAGAAAAAUCCUGGGUGUCAGAGCUGGAGCCAGUCACCAUGGGCUUUGCUAGAUUACAGAAACACCUGUGGCUAGAGCCCAAAGAAAAAUGUAAUAACCCCUACACUAACAGAGAGUUAAAGAUAGGUCACCAUAUACCCCCAACUUUCUAAGCUAUAUCCCGUUUCUCAGUGAAAGCAUAGCCAGAUACAAGCACACGUAGCAAAGCCAGCAUUAUCAAUGCCUAGGUAACUAAUGUAUACAAAGUUAUGUUCUCCAGCACCUCCACUGACACCCUAAGCAGCCUGGCAAAGCACUAUACUACUGAACUUUCUGUAAUAGGUGGCUGCUUUGAGAAGCAGCAGUCUGACGUAAAAUUGAAGAUUAUGCUAGCGCUAGUGUACUUAUAAUCUUAAUUUUAGUAAUGACAGGAGGCGAGUAUUUUGCAUAUAACUCUCUUUACUAACUCCACAUAGCAGUAAAGAAAAGUGAAAACAUUAACCAAUCAAAAAUGCAGUAGGAGGUAUAGUAUUCACAGUGAUGAGGCUCCUCCCCCUCUUUCGAAAGCGACAUCAGAGACAAAUAUUGAAAACGGAUAAAGUCUUGAAACAUAAAGUCUUGAAACAUGCACCAACGGGUGACUUUCCAAAUACGAAGUCCUAGUGGUUGAAGGACGGCCCGAACGUGUCCAUCCUGAGCAUAAGCUGUAAUGUCCCGAAGUUAUGCUGAAAAAGAACGUGGAGAAGGUUAGGUACCGAUCUGGCAACUGUUUGCGGUAAUGUAAUAAACCCAACACAAUUUCCACCGACUGAUGUAAAACUAGAUGAAAACUAGUAUAAAUAUGACAGUAAACAAUAACAAAGAUUUAACUAAACAAGGUACAAGCCUGAGUCAUACAAGAUGAGUAGGAAGAUAGAAGAAGUAAGGAAAUACACAUAGUAAGUAUACUUACUUGGAUCCGUAUCCCCCAAGGGUGCGGAGGGUGGGAAAAUACUCGCCUCCUGUCAUUACUAAAAUUAAGAUUAUAAGUACACUAGCGCUAGCAUAAUCUUCAAUUUUACCACAUGACAGGAGGCUUCAUAUUUUGCAUUUUUAACGCUGAAGCAGGAGAGACGUGGCUGCCCCCGAGUUCGGUCGGAAGUAGAAGGUCCGAAAGGUCGAUUCUCGUGACCAAUCUGCAGCUCGUAGGAUGUCUGCCAGGGAUGCGCCUGCGGUGAAAGCCGAAGAAGCUGCCGCCCCGCGGACGGAGUGGGCUCCGAAGGUUUCCUCUACGCCCGCCAGGGACAGAAUCCAUCUUACCCAUCUGGCCAGGGUGGUGGUAGAGACGGGAACGUGUGGUCUAACGUAGGACACCAAGAGUUGGCCCGUAGGGGAGACCCGCAAACGGGAUGUGACCUCUACGUACCGAUGUAGGGUAGAUACCACGCAGAGAAGCGGUUCUGUAGGAAAAAAGGGGUAGAAGACCGAUGUGGAGUCGGAUUUCGUACGGCGUGAAACUUGGAAGGUAACUCCCUCCGGGGAGACCGAAAAGGCAUCGAUGUCGAAAGCUCGUACGUCCGAAACUCUGCGGAACGAGACCAAACAAAGUAGGAGCGUCAGUUUGGCUGAUAGUUGUCGGAGCGAGAGUCUGUCGUUGUCCGGCCAGUCCCUCAGGAACUGUAGGACGUUUUCGACGUCCCAUAGUCGGGAAUAUUUAGGUUUCGGAGGCCUCUGAAGUCUGAUGCCCCUGAGGAGGCGGCAUAUCAACGGGUCUUUCCCGACGGGGAUCCCCUGGGCCGGAACGUGGGCCGCUGAAAUUGCGGAGCGCACGACGUUGAGGGAUCGAUAAGAUCGGCCCUUGGAGAAGAGAUGAGAGAGAAAAUUCAUGAUGGCUGUUAUAGGUGCAGUAAAGGGAUCGAAAUUCCGCUCACUGCACCAAGUAGACCAGGAGCUCCAUGCCGAUAAGUAACAUCGUCUGGUUCCUGGUGCCCAUGAGUCCCAUAGGAGAUCUCGAGAUGUUUGCGAUAACUCUUCGGUUUGCCAGGCUCCCCUGAAAGCGUCCAAGCCACCAGCGUGAGACGGUCUUCCAGGAUGAGCGGGUGUUGAUUCCCUCUCGGGUCCGUAAGGAGCAUCGGAUAGGACGGUAUGAGGAGGGGAUCUCUGUAGGAUGACGCUAGGAGAUCCGGAAACCAUGGUUGACCCUGCCAUAGGGGUGAGAUGAGGAGCAGGGAUCCGCGUUGGGUCUUCAGGUAUUGCAUCGUCCUGGCUACCAUGGCGAAUGGGGGAAAGGCGUACGCCCCCAAGGGUGGCCAAGGCUGGAGAAACGCAUCUACUGCCUUGCUCUCUGGGUCUGGGAGCCAGCUGAAGUAUUCGUCUGUCUGCCUGUUGUUGCGUGACGCGAAGAGGUCCAGGUGGAGGGGACCCUCCUGACCGAAAGGCGCUGGAAGAUCGCUGGGUCCAGUCUCCAGUCGCUGCUGUCUCGCCAGUGGCGUGAAAACCAGUCCGCUGUCAGGUUCGUUUCUCCCGGGAGGUAUUCUGCCAUGAGGGAGAUUUUCCGGGGUAGACAAAAGUCGAAAAUUUCCUUCGUGAUCUCUGAGAGGAGCCUGGAUCGGGCUCCUCCCAGGCGAUUGAUGUAGCGGACCGCUGAGAUGUUGUCCAUCCGGAGGAGGAUGCAGCAGUCUGUCCGGUCUCUCGCUAAGCUGCGGAUCGCAAACGACCCCGCUAGGAGUUCUAGGCAGUUUAUGUGAAGGUUGGUUUCUUGGGAAGUCCAAGUGCCUCCUGUUGAUCUGCCCUCGCUUGUGGCGCCCCAGCCCCACAGGCUGGCGUCUGAUUCCAGAACUAUGUCGGGUGCAUUCCCGAAGAUGGCUCGGCCGUUCCAAGCUUCCAUGCUGUCCAACCACCAUCCGAGUUCUUCCCUGACUUCUUCCGUUACCGGAAUGUUUUGGUCGUAGGAAGGGUUCUGACGGAGGAAGGAGGCCUUCAGCCGUUGCAUCGCCCUGUAGUGUAGUGGGCCCGGGAAGAUUGCCUGUAUAGAUGCGGACAGCAGUCCCACGAUUCGAGCCAGGCUGCGGAGUGGGAUGGUGUUGCAGCGGAUGACUCUGCGUAGUUCCUUCUUUAUGGCUGUGAUCUUUGAGAUCGGGAGCUGUAAGGUGCUGGUCUUGGAAUCUAUCUCGAAGCCCAGGAAAUGUAUCGUCUGGGCUGGGAGCAGCUCCGAUUUUUGGUAGUUCACCACGAAGCCUAGGGACGUCAGGAGUUGAAUGGUAUAUCGUGUGUGUUGUGUUAGACUGUACCUGUCUGAGGAAAAUAGUAGCAGGUCGUCCAGGUAGAUAAUGCAACGAAUUCCUUGAGUUCGUAGUUGUGAUACUACCGGCUUGAGGAGCUUGGUGAAGCACCACGGCGCUGAGCUGAGGCCGAAGGGGAGGCAUGUGAACUGCCAGGGUUGGUCUUGCCAUAGGAAUCUGAGAAAUUGGCGGUAAGACCCAUGGACGGGGACCGACAGGUAAGCAUCUUUGAGGUCCAGUCUCGUAAACCAGUCCCUGUCUUGGAGUAGAUCUCUCAGCAGGUGAAUGCCUUCCAUCUUGAAGUGCCUGUACGUUACAAAAGCGUUGAGUCCCUUCAAGUUUAUAACAGGACGGAAUUCUCCUGAUUUCUUUUUUACUAGGAAAAUGUUGCUGAAGAAGCCCUUUCCGUCGUGAGCCGGUUCUAUCGCUCCUUUCGCCUUGAGCUCCCGUAGUUCGCCGUCGACGUAGCCCCGAACUGUCUGGAGGAUCCAUGCGUCCGUGGAGAUGGUCGUCCAGUUCUGAAAAGACAGAGCAAUACGGCCUGCAGUGUAAGGGGUAAGUGAAACUAGAGACACUAGAUUGCUUACCUGUGGGGAAGCGUGCUCUGCCACGGUUACGAGGUCCUCUGCCUCGGUCUGCUCCUCGGGUGUAGGAGAAGGGUUGCCUGAAACCCACUUCCGGGUAGAAAGGCUGUGGUCUGUGUGACCGGGGGCCAGAAGGCCAGAAUCGUCUGGCUGCUCGGCCCCUGUAGCGGCCAGCCCGUCCAAAAACACCCCGACUGGGGUAGCCUCUGAAGACUCGUUUCAUAGACGUCUGAGCCUUAUUGAGGGACGUAAAGAUGUUAACAUGCUUGUUCAGCUCUUUUAAGAAAGGUUCUCCGAACAAUUUGCCCUGUGCCAACGGUCCCAACUCUUUGGUGCCCAAAUCCACCAGUUUUCCGUCAAUACGGAGUAAAGCUGCCUUGCGCCUCUCAGAGGAGAGGGCUACGUUGGUGUUACCAACAAAACAGAAGCACCGUUGUGCCCAUUCUCUAAUAUCAUGUGCCCACUCUUUGACCAUGCUAGAGUCAAAUUGCUCGGCCCUAGUGAACGCAUCAUCCGCCAGGUACAAUAUGCGGGAGAGUGGGCCAAUUGAGUCCAGCAGUUUAUCCUGGACCCCGUGGAAUCCUUUCUCCACGCCCCGCCGAGGGUCGCGGCCACCUCGGGACAUAAAGGUGUUCAUCACCUGAUCAAACUCCGGGGUCUGUGUUACGUGGUCGGGGAGCGAGGGGCGCGGGCAUUCAGAGCGUAGACGGUUGCGCACCGUUUUGUCAAGUGGUUUGCGUAGCCAGCGGUGCAUAAAUUUGGAGAGGUGGUCGGGGGGGUCCAGUCUCCAGAGCGUGGAUGGCGGAUAUUACGAGGGUCAAAUAGACGUUGCCCCGUGGGGUCUAGGAUGGUAUCCCCUUCUUGAGCAGGUGCGAGGUCGUCAGGCAACUGGAUGUCGUCCAGGAAGGUGCCUUGUAAGAAGCCAGAAUGGGAGCCGGGGUCCGAGUCCCAAUUGUCAUCAUGCGAAUCAGAGUCCGCGGCUUGCCACUCGUCUAACACGGCCAUAGAGCGCGUGUGUUCGUCCCCCUCAUCCGAGGAGUAGUGGGCAGGAGUAGGUGGGGUUGGUCUGUGGCGUUUAGAGGGUGCCUUACCCUUGCCUGGGGUAUCGCCCGCUUUCUCACCUUUCCAGUGACGUUUGGUGGGGCGUGGAUCCGCCUGUACGUGUGACUCAGAGGCCUCAGAGUCUUCAUCCUGAGGUUGGGUCAGCGUGGCUUUUUUAGAUUUGUCGGUAGAUGCCGACAUAACCCUGGACAGCGCUUUCUCCAUAGAAGCGGAGAUGGCGUCCGCAAUCAUAGACUGGAAGUCUGCAGGGGUUUGGGAUGCUUCCAUAGUGAUUUUGUGUUGGCACAGGGUAGAUGGGCUAGGGGUCAGGUAGUAGAGUAUGGAUUCAGUAAUAAUAAUGACAACACCCCAGCAGGAUGUGUGAUAGCACAGGUACAAUAAGCACCAGAGACCCCAGCAGGGUAAAUUGGGUUUUCUUGCUGGGCCUCACCCAGAAAUGUAUAUGACAGUGAGAGUGGCACGAAAUCCGCUCAAUCUGGUGUUAAGAUGGGAUUGGGAAGCCCCUUACCAUAUACAUAUACAUAGGUGGCACAAAAUCCACCUGAUGGCAGCAGUGAAAUAAGGGCCUCACCCUGUUAGAAUUGUAGGUGGCACAAAAUCCACCCAGUAAAUCAAUAAUAGUGGACUCACCACUCAAUAGGGCCAGCAGCCUCUGAAUCCAAUAAUAAGAAUGCCAGUGACCCCUGCCAGUUGUACUUCUUUGCGGUCUGCAAGCCGUCAGCACAGAACGGUAUAACACACCCCAGACGGCCGGGAUGUGUGUGUGGGUGUCUGGGAAUGAGUGGGUUGCGGCGGCGGUCGGCACUGCGCAGUCCGCGGUACUCCCAAAAUGGCGGCCGAGAAUCUCGCGAGACGCGAGAUCCAAGAUGGCCGCCGGGGAGCCGGGAAAGAGGUUUCCCGGCGUGCCGGUGAUCUAGAAAGCGGCUGGGGAGCCGCAAGGGAGUAUUAGGAGCAGGGUGAGCGUUACCCUGAGGGAAAUAAGCUGGGAGGCCAGCGGCAAAAAACGGGGGAAAAACGGAGGGAGAAAAAGGGAUGACAGAAACCCCUAAGAAGAACGAGCAGAGACAAAAUAGAACAAAAUCACAUAGUGAGACAUAAUAGUAAGAAUAAAAACCCCCCCAGGACAGGAGGGAGAAGUCCCCCAGAAGAAAACAGUAUAAAGUAAAAUCAAAUAACAUAUAAUACAGGAAUACAGUAAAUAUAAAGGGAAGAGCCUUGAAACUCUGACCUGUCUGCUGAUGGAGCAGUAAAGAAAGAGGGGGAGGAGCCUCAUCACUGUGAAUACUAUACCUCCUACUGCAUUUUUGAUUGGUUAAUGUUUUCACUUUUCUUUACUGCUAUGUGGAGUUAGUAAAGAGAGUUAUAUGCAAAAUAUGAAGCCUCCUGUCAUGUGGUAAAAUUGAAACACAAAACAAAGAAACAAUAACAACAGUAAUAUCUUCCUGCUUCCUCCACCAAUUGAAGAGAUCCAAGGUUAAAGAGCCUCACAAGAGAGGCUUCAGUUCAUAAUGUUGCCCGCCAGCAACUACAAUGCUUGUUAUGUAUCCUAUGUCCAAGGCACACAAUGCAUAAAUGUGAUAAUAAGCUGCACUACUUUAGAUAGGGAAAUGGUUAUUUUACGAUUGCUAAUAGCAUUUAAGAUAGUUACCACCUUUUGACAUCUUUUGUAGGUCUCAUAAGCUUUUGAUACUCUGGUUGUGUCAUAAACCUUUACUAGUGAGUGAAAAUGUACACACCUAGUAAACAUAGAAACAUAGAAACAUAGAAUGUGACGGCAGAUAAGAACCAUUCGGCCCAUCUAGUCUGCCCAAUUUUCUAAAAACUUUCAUUAGUCCCUAGCCUUAUCUUAUAGUUAGGAUAGCCUUAUGCCUAUCCCAUGCAUGCUUAAACUCCUUUACUGUGUUAACCUCUACCACUUCAGCUGGAAGGCUAUUCCAUGCAUCCACUACCCUCUCAGUAAAGUAAUACUUCCUGAUAUUAUUUUUAAACCUUUGUCCCUCUAAUUUAAGACUAUGUCCUCUUGUUGUGGUAGUUUUUCUUCUUUUAAAUAUAGUCUCCUCCUUUACUGUGUUGAUUCCCUUUAUAUAUUUAAAUGUUUCUAUCAUAUCCCCCCUGUCUCGUCUUUCCUCCAAGCUAUACAUGUUAAGAUCCUUUAACCUUUCCUGGUAAGUUUUAUCCCGCAAUCCAUGAACCAGUUUAGUAGCCCUUCUCUGAACCCUCUCUAAGGUAUCAAUAUCCUUCUGAAGAUACGGUCUCCAAUACUGUGUACAAUACUCCAAGUGAGGUCUCACCAGUGUUCUGUACAAUGGCAUGAGCACUUCCCUCUUUCUACUGCUAAUACCUCUCCCUAUACAACCAAGCAUUCUGCUAGCAUUUCCUGCUGCUCUAUUACAUUGUCUGCCUACCUUUAAGUCAUCAGAAAUAAUCACCCCUAAAUCCCUUUCCUCAUAUGUUGAGGUUAGGACUCUAUCAAAUAUUCUGUACUCUGCCCUUGGGUUUUUACGUCCAAGAUGCAUUAUCUUGCACUUAUCCACAUUAAAUGUCAGUUGCCACAAUUCUGACCAUUUUUCUAGUUUACCUAAAUCAUUUGUCAUUUGGCUUAUCCCUCCUGGAACAUCAACCCUGUUACAUAUCUUAGUAUCAUCAGCAAAAAGACAUACCUUACCAUCAAGACCUUCUGCAAUAUCACUAAUAAAAAUAUUAAAGAGAAUGGGUCCAAGUACAGAUCCCUGAGGUACCCCACUGGUGACAAGUCCAAGCUUCGAAUAUAUUCCAUUAACUACAACCCUCUGUUGCCUGUCACUCAGCCACUGCCUUACCCAUUCAACAAUAUUGGAAUCCAAACUUAAAGAUUGCAGUUUAUUGAUAAGCCUUCUAUGUGCAACAGUGUCAAAAGCCUUACUGAAAUCUAGGUAAGCAAUGUCUACUGCACCACCCUGAUCUAUAAUUUUAGUUACCCAAUCAAAAAAAAUCAAUAAGAUUAGUUUGGCAUGAUCUCCCUGAAGUAAACCCAUGUUGUCUCUGAUCUUGAAAUCCAUGUGUUUUUAGAUGUUCAUCAAUCCUAUCCUUUAACAUGGUUUCCAUCACUUUCCCCACUACUGAAGUAAGGCUUACUGGCCUAUAGUUGCCCGACUCCUCCCUAUUACCUUUCUUGUAAAUGGGCACAACAUUCGCUAACUUCCAAUCUUCUGGGACUACACCUGUUAACAAUGAUUGGUUAAAUAAAUCUGUUAAUGGUUUUGCUAGUACACCACUAAGCUCUUUUAAUAGCUUUGGGUGUAUUCCAUCAGGUCCCAUUGACUUAUUUGUCUUUACUUUUGACAGUUGAGAUAGAACCUCUUCCUCUGUAAACUCACGUGUAAUAAAUGACUCAUUUAUCCUUUUUCUCAACUGAGGUCCCUUUCCUUCAUUUUCUUCUGUAAAUACAGAACAAAAAUAUUCAUUGAGGCAGUCAGCCUGACCUUUAUCCUCUUCUACAUACCUUCCUUCUUUUGUUUUUAAUCUAACUAAUCCUUGUUUUACUUUUCUUUUCUCAUUUAUGUAUCUAAAAAUGUUUUAUCCCCCUUUUUUACUGACUGUGCUAUUUUCUCUUCUGUGUGUGAUUUGGAAGCUCUUAUAACUUGCUUAGCCUCUUUCUGCCUAAUCUUAUAGAUCAUUUUGUCUCCCUCACUCUGGGUUUUUUUAUAAUUCCUAAAUGCUAACUUUUUGUAAUGGAGACAGUGUGUGGCUGCUAACAUAAUUACAAAAAAUGCUUUCUAGAAAACAAAUAUCAAGUGAAAUAACAGUGCAUAUAAUACAGACCAGUAAAAUUAUAAAACCAUCAGCAUGUUUAUAUAUUAAUGUUACGAAUAAAUGUAUCUAAAAUAAGUUGGGCUGAAUAUCAUAUUGACAAGUAAAACUAUAACCUAAAAUUCAAUAUGCUUUGUUUAGAUUCCAUUAAGUAAGAUGAAUAAGGAUUGACAAAUCCCUGUUAAUUAAUGUUAAUAGCAAUAUAUAUAUUUUUAAAUAAUACAUUCUGGUUACUUUUGUUUCUGUAUAUUAUUUCCAUAUCAGAGAAAACAUUCUAUUAUUAUAAUAGAACUGUUCAACUUAAUUCCUUUAAACAUCUAUAACUGGUAAAAUACUGAAAUAAUAGCAUGGCUGCAACAAUUAUACAGUCACUUUCAUGUUUUUUAUUUUUAUGUCUUAGAUGAAACCUGAGCCAUCCCUCCUGGUUAGCAGUAAACUUGAAAAGAAGGCUGCAGGAACCAGCAAAGAAAGGACAAAGGGAGAAAAUCAUGGGGAGAAAGAUAUUUCAGCUAAACAAACUGAACCAAUGAGGAUUAAGAUCUUUGAAGGAGGGUGAGAUAACAAACCAUCACAUUAUAUAUUUUGGUGUGCAAAACGCGCAAUGUGUCAAUGUCUUUCUUCCAAGCUUCAGAUGUUAAGCCUUGUUAAUGUUAUAUUUGUGUUCCCCACAGGAUUUUAUUUUUGUUUACAUUUUGCGAUCAAAUGGUGAGAAAACAGGACUUUAAACUUGAGAGAACUAAUGAACAUAAAACGUCUUUCCUUGUGAUUGUAUUCCAUCUCGCCAGUCUUGCUGGCCGUUUUACCUGUACAUUAGUCCCACUAAGGGCUCGUUUCUUGAUACCAACCAGUCGCAGAUUAGCAAGUUUCUGGUAAAACACAAAAUCACACAUUGUGUAAAUUGUCAUAUAGCAGCCAGAUCUUGAAGGUAAAAAAUGCUCAACCUGGUCAUGCAUACUUCACUUGUGUUUGGAUAAAUCUGUGAUUUUAUGUCAUGCCAGACAUAUAUAAAUUAAUGAAUAAUUAUUUUAAAUAAUAUAUACAUUAAUAUGAGAAAUGAUUUGCUUGUUUAUACCAACUGCUUGUCCUUUGCUAUGCUUUAAUACAUGCUUAAAGGAUUACUUUAACUCUUUGGAGUGGUGCGAACUUUGUUGUGUGAAAUGUCCAAUUGGGCACUAUGCACAAGAUUCCCCCCCUCAGAUUGCAGUAAAACUUCUGAAAAACCUGCAUUACUGCCUUCCAUGACUCGUCAUCAUGUCACAGAGGUCGCAUGCGUUCCAAUCACAGGCUUCUCAUAGGUGGAGGAAAGGAGUGGGGAUGUGGAGGGAUAUUAUUAUUUUUUUAAAUAAAAGCUGCCUGCAAUGGAGGGAAGCGAGAGGGAGCACCCACAGAGUGGAAGGGGAGAGCUGCCUGCAAGGGGAGAAUUUUGACAUCUGUAGGCAGAGUGCAGUGUGCACGGACUACAGCCAUUAUUUUAAGCAAUGUCUCUUGUGCUGGAGGUGCGACUUGCCCCCAGCACACAAUUAACAACAUCUUUCUGUAUGUGCAGUGUUUCAAGCAGAAACACUGUACAUACAUAUUCCUACCACCCUGAUCGCUUCAAAUCAUAAAAGUGGUCAUGGUGGUUGGAGUAAACCUUUGAGGGUUUCAUUGUAAUUAGUCAAUAGCUGCUACUUGACUGUCCUUAUAUAGCUGCUGGUAACUCAUGUUGCUACUGUGGUAAAUAGCAUCUCUACUUGUAGUGCAAUGGUGUCAUAUUAGCCUUAAAACAUGCAUUAGGUUGUUCCCCUAAAGAAACAGCUUAAUGUGAUCUAAUAAAAUGAGAAUUUGAGUAGCAGAGCUGGGUCAUCUACAAAAUCAUUACAGUGUAAGAGCCAUCACACCUUCACAAGUCUCACAUGUAUCAAAAUGACCACACUUCAGUCAUAAAGGGAAAGGCCCCAUAAAUGACAAAGCAAAAGCCAGGAUUUUGAAAACUUUGCAAGUUUAUUAAAAAGGAAAAAAACUGGUAUAUCACCUUGACAUAAGUAUUCAGACUCUUUGCUAUGACACUUGACAUUUCGAUCGGAUGCAUUAUGUUUUUAUUAAAGCUUUUAUUAAAUUCAACCUGUGGCAAAUUCAAUUGAUUGGACAUGAUUUGGAAAUGAACACAGCUGUCAAUAUAAGGCCUCACAGUUGUAUAUAUCAAAAACCAAGCCUUAAGAUCAAAAGAACUGCCCGCAGAGCUCAGAGACAGGAUUAUGUCAAUAUAGGAAAGUGGCUACAUUUAGUGUUUACAAAAGCACAGUGGUCUCCAUAAUUCUUAAAUAGAAGACAUUUUGAACAACCAGGACUCUUCGUGUGGCUAGUCACCAGGCCAUACUAAGCAAUUAAUUAAGAAGGAUCUUGGUGAUAGACGUGACAAAAAAUCUGAUGGUCACUCUGGAUGAGCUCCAGAGGUCAUGUGUGGAGAGCGGAGAAACUUGCAGAAGGACAGUCAUCAAUGCAACAAUCCACCGACCUGGCAUAUAUGGCAGACUGAUAGAAGCCUCUCCUCACUGCAAUACACAUGAAUGCCCUAAAGGACUGUGAGUAAUAAGAUUCUCUAGUGUGAAGAAAUGUGGGUUGAACGGCUUGGCCUCAAUUCAAAGUGCCAUGCCUGGAGGAAACCCCUCACUGCUUAUGACUUGCGCAAUGCCAUUCAAACAGUGAAACAUAGUGGUGGUAGCAUCAUGGCCAUAGCAGUAACUGGGAGACUGGUCAAGUUUAAGGAAUACCCGAACUAAGCAAAUUACAGAUAUAUCCUUAAUGAAAACCUAGCCCAGAAUAUUUUUUUUUCAUCAUACCAAAAACUUGAUGCGGUAAUUGCUGCCAAAGAUGCUUAAACUAAGUACUGAGUUUAUAGUCUGAAUACGUAUGCAAUAGUGAUAAAUCUUUUUCUGUUUAAUAUAUUUGCAAUGGUGUUAAAAAUCUGGGGUAUUGAGUAAAGAUUUUUGCAGGGGAAAAAAUGAAUUCAAAAUAAGACUGCUACAUAAAAAUCUGAAAAUAACGAAGAGGUCUGAAUAUUUUCUGAAUGCAGUGUAUGUAUGACAAAUAUCACUCAAAAAGCAAAAAUACAAUGGGUAGCUUUUAUUCUGCUGCUGGAAUAAAUAUAUAGUUCUCAAAAAUAUAUAUUACAUUGGCCAUAAAUGGGACAGAUACAUGGCAUUGAAGGAAUCAUUUUUCAAUCUCUGUUAAAAAUUUCCACUUGUCUAAAAACGAAUAAAUAUUAGUCCCCUGGGAAAGUGCCUCAUCUGUAUUAUGAGAAAUCUGGCCCUGAUGAGGACUACUGCAAUAUAUGUCAUCCUGACAAGAUUAUUGCACAUCUACAUCAGAGAAUGCAAUCGGCAGUGAGUGCUACAAUAAGCAAUGCAUUCUGUAAAAUAGGUUUAAGAUUGAUAUUGAUGUCUUCACAGUAUCUUAAAAGAGGUCAAUAUUUUGUGUUUAUGCAGCACACUGUGAGUACAAAAAAGUGAGAAGGAAAGAUGUAACAUGUUUGCUCCCUUGUACAGAACCAAAAGUUCCUUUUCAGUGUCAAAAUUCCUCUUUUUUUAUUAACUUUCCCCAUGGCUGUUUAGGCAAUGGCAAGCUGUUGAUCACAACAUUAGCUGAGAUAUAAGCUACAUCUUGAUCAUAAAGAUAUAUUCAAUAAAUCCUUUGUUAAACCACACUGGAUCAAAGGGUAUAGUACCUCAAAACAUACUCCUCUUAGGCCCACAGUAAAAGUCAUCAUCACCUUGUGUUUACUAUAAAUAAUCAAUACUUUGUAGUUUUAUGAUAAAAGAAAGCCAGAUCUUUGCACUGGAAGUAUAAUCAGGCUUAUAUCAUUAUUUAAUAAUAGUCAAUCAUGCACAUGUAUUCACUGUGAAACCAUUCAAAACAGUUAGACAAAUUACACUGGGACAGUAUACAGUGAGCUUUAGUAGUCAUUUAGUGUGGACUAUAAAGGGACCCUAUAGUCACCAAAGCAAUUUAAUGACAGAGCUUCAGAAGCUUGUCUUAUGCUUAAGGACAAAAGGCCAUUUUUGCAUUUUUUUGCUGUUUGUAUUCAAACGCAAUUUGCAUCUCUGUCAUUUAUUGAACCAACACAUAUUAUACAUCGUUUUUUGGAGGGCAAGCAGGGCUUUAAUUUAAUGUCACAUAUGCAUAGAUACAUUCUCAUUAAUUAUAUAAAAAUGCCAAAAAAGUUAAAUUUAAAAAAAAACAAAUUCACAGUUUUGGCAAUAAUAGCAUGUGCAUAAUAUGUCCAGCUUAGAAAAAGUAAUUCAAAAUAAAUUCAUUAAUGUGUCUUGAUUUAUAAAGUACAUCAUAUGUAUAGGAUUUCAGCUUAUUUUGAAAGCUACAGGUCACAAAAUACAAGGAUUAAAAUAAAAUUUCAAUUUGCAACAAUUUUAGAAUUUUUGUCUUGUAGGUUUAGUAGCCAUCACAGAAAACAAAAUUGCCACACAAAAGUAUAUAUUUAUAUAAAGUAGACAUCAAAGGCUAUUUAUCUAAGGUUAGUUUGACACUUUUUAUGUAGCCAUUUCAUCGCAAAUCUCUGCUAAAUAUUGGAGUAAAAUUGUGUUUUUUCUUUAUUUUGGCAUAUACACAUAUAACAAGGUUUUUGCAAUGUGUAUUUCAUAAAGCUGGUGUGUGCUAUUCCUGCACAGAACCCCAUAUUGUGUUCAGCUACAUCUGCUGAGUAUAACGAUAACCCCAUUGUAUGCCUUUGGCACUUUUCUGUAAAGCUACAGUGCCAUAUAAGAGACAAGGCUAUUUCAGUUUCUAUAGUUAGAAUUUCCGUAGAUGGAUUUGACGGGCUUAUGUCUCAUUUUAGGGUAUUAUAGCAGUGUGACUGUUCAAAUAACCCCACAAAGGUCUUUCAUUUGACAAAGCAGACACCCAGGGUAUCUUAUAUGGUGUAUAUUGUGCCUUAACUUGUCACUAUUUUUUCACCAAUUUAUGUCAAUGUUUGGUUUUUUUUUUGGGGGGGGGGAAUUGCAUUUUUACAUAUAUGUUGCAUUUUUGCUGAGUAUUUCUUACACUUAAUAUGUACCACUGUCAUAAAAAUCCCCAAAUUAUACUCGGUUACACCUUCUAAAUAAAACAAUAUGCCCAAUGUAUGACCUAGACACUAUUUUGUGAAGUUAAAGUGCUGUAAAAGAGACGUGACAAGUUCAGGUUUUUAAGUGUGAAUUUUCAUGGAGGCUUUUGAUGCGUCCAUGUCCCACUUUGGAGCACUUGAGCAGUAAGCAGCACUAUUAAAUUCCCCAAUUUCCCAUAACUCCCACCCUCCCCAGGUAGCAAAACAUAUCAUUUUAAAAUAUUUAAAUUAAUUAAUUAAAUAAAUUGAAACCCUAAGGGGUUAAACAAAAUCAGAUCAAAGUAUAAUACUGUGAUCUGUAUUUUGAUCACUGUAGGUAGUGAUCAACUGGCAGGGAGGGGGUUAAUUUUUUUAGGACUGGGUAAAGGAGGGUGGGAUUUUUUUUAAACUUUAAAAAAAAAAUGUAUUACAUUUUUUUUUACUUUUUAAAACUUUUUUUAACGUUAAUCUCUAACUAGCCUAGCACCCAAUUCCCCACUAACUUACACCCACCCCAGCUAGCUAAAUAUACCAUUUUAAUAUAUUUAAAUUAAUUAAUAAAAUAAAUUGAAACCCUAAGGGGGGUUGAAAUCAAAAUCAACUGGCAGGGAGGGGGUUAAUUUUUUUAGGACUGGGUAAAGGAGGGUGGGAUUUUUUUUAAACUUUAGAAAAAUCAGAUCACAGUAAAAUGUAUACCCUGCCAAUUGAUCAAUGUAUUUUCAAUUGGCAGGAAAGGGGUUAAUUUUUUAUUUAAAAUGGAUAAAGGGGGGUGGGAUUUUAAUUUAACUUUAUUUAUUUUUUAGCAGGGAGAAGAUCACUGCUGAUCCGUCUCCCUGCACUUCACACUGAACCUGGAAGCCCAGGGAGGCGGUUCGCCAGUGUUUGUGACUAAGUGGCUACACAAAAAGACUGAACAUACCCCAUUUGCAACACCUUGGAUUGUCUUCUUUUGCAAAUGGUAUGGGGGUAAUUCUCAUUCCUUGGCUACCAUACGCUCUCAAAGGCAACUGGCACAUUUUAAUGUGAAAAAACAGAAAAAACAGAAAAAAACGAGCCUUAUAAUUGACCCUGUAACGUUAAAAAACACUCUAAAACCUGUACAUGGGGGGGUGGGGGGAGUACUGUUCUACUCGGGAGACAGCGCUGAACACAAAUAUUAGUGUUUCAAACCAGCAAAACAUCAAUGAUAUCAUCAGUGAAAGUGCCAUUUGUGUGGGAAAAACGCAAAAAACAUCACUUUCACUGACAAUAUCAUUCCUGUGAUAUGUUUUUACUGCAGCGAAGUCUACCGAGUAAAACAGUACCCCCCAUGUACAGGUUUUAGGGUGUCUUGGAAAGUUACGGGGUUAAAUAUAGUCCUGUCAAAUUUAUAUUCUCUGGACUUUCCCCAAAUUGCAAUCAAUAAAAUUACUUAAUUAUGUAAAAAUAUUACAUAAAUAAGCACGUAGAAUUUAAAUAUAUAUACAUAUUUAUAUAUUUGAAGUCUACGUGUAUAUUUAUGAAAUUAUUUUUGUAAUCAUACAUAAAGCGAUCACAUGGCCCGUGGGGCCUAAUUUGCAGAGGGGGGACUGUCUGGGCUGUCACAGUCCUCCCAGUGGAGAAGAAGACCGAUCGCCUGCAGGGGAACAAGUAAGUACGUAGGAUUAUAGUACGUCAGAGGUCCUUGGGGUUUAUUUUUACUUGUAUUUUUUAAUUUUAUUUUUAAUUUAUUUUACGAAGUGCCUUGAUGGCUUCCGAUGCUCUGUCUCACUGCCAGGCGCAAUGUGGGGCAACCAAGAAUUGUUCGCUCCGGGGAAACAUCGAGGCAUCACUGCAAUACCCGUAGAGCGCUUCCAGUGCUCAAAUGUGCCACGGACGUAUCAAGUACGUCCGAAGUCGUUAACGACCAGUUUUUGUUGGAUGUACCUGAUAUGUCCGCAGCUAUUAAGGGGUUAAAGGGAAAUUAUAGUGUUAGGAUUACAAUGCUGUGUUCCUAACACUAUAGUGCCCUCUGAUACCUCCCCUCCCCUGGGGCAUGUAAAGGGUUAAAAACACUUUAGUAACUUACCUGAUUCCAGCGCUGAUGUCCCUCAAUGCAGAUUUGGAGCUCUGCCUGAGUUACAGGGAGAACAUGAGACACAGGCGAAUAUGCAUUCCCCCACAGCACAAAAAAAAAGUCAUCUUGUUUCUCUUAACCUCCCUUUUAAAUGUCUUGUUCUCUUUUGUGUUUCUUAACCCCUCUUUUUAAUGUCCGACAUUAUUUGACAGGGGCUAAUGCGAUGCAUGGGAGCGCCUCGAGCGCAUUAGGCCAUCCCAUUAGGAGGGUAUUGUUUCAGUGCUUUCUUAUAGGAAUUUUACUUAUUCAGAGCGUUAGGACAUUUAGUGUUAUUAGGGUACCUAGAGUUUGUUAGCAGCCAAAAAAGUGCCUCUAGUGGCUGUGUGAUUGAUAAAAGUUAUUUUAAUAGUUCUAAAGAGAUUUAAGGAGAUACAUCUUCAGCAUUGGGGUAUUGUUUGUGUUGGGCUUCUAAAGAGGCCAACAAAUAGAGUAGGUCUUAUUACAUUUGAUUUCACAUUUUAAGGAUGAGACAUAUUUAAUAAAAUAAUGUCUUAUUAUGGGCAAACACAUGGUAUGAUGAGAUGUAUACAAGGUAGUGUUUUUGUGAGAAGUAAUCUUUAAGAAUCAGAUAAAUCUUGCUACAUGGUUGAGCCAUAAAGUGUCUACUACUAGUGUAUAAAAUAGUCUAGUGUUUCACCAUGCAGCCCAGAAUACUAAAUAUGCCUCUAUAAUCAUUCCCGACAUAUUGUAGAAUGAGAGUCCAGCUGAUUUAGAAUUAGAAACUGCAUGAUAAGCCUAUUGGAAAUUCUUAUGAAAUAACAAAGGCAUGCAUCCACUGGGGGAAUGUGUUUCCUGGACACUAUCUGCACAUACAAUCUCUUGUUUUUUAGCAAUAACAUACGUCUCCUAUGAGGCAUAUUCAUACCUUUUGCAUUAAUGCACUGUAGUAUCAGACCUAUUAUUAAAUAAAAAAAUGUUUGUCGCUCUUGCAUGCAUGAAAUCAUGCAGGCCCUCAGCCAUCCUAAUUUGAAAUAGAUAUUUAUGUGUUGCACCAAUGCAUUAUUCUGUCAGUAAUCCUUUUAUACACAUAUUGCAUAUUACACCUUUCUGCUAAUGGACAUAUUCUGCAGUUCUGUAUGUUUACAAUGGAAAGUACCUCAACAAAUAGUAAAAUACUGCUAGUGCCCCAGGCAAGUGAAUGAAGAAGAGUGUAUGACUGCUGAUUUACACCCAUAUCUAAAAAAUACUAGGCAACAUUUAAAACGUAUUAAACUUUGAUGUAUUUUGUUAGAAUUCUGGAAUAUUUUCAUUAUAUGGAAUAUAUAUAUAUAUAUAUAUAUAUAUAUAUAUUUAUUCUAACAUUAACCAUCACCUUAUGUUGCUGCUUCUUUAAUGAAAAUCUGCUCAAGGUUAUUCAUUGUUACCUAGCAACACCUGUAACUCAUGAUUUAUAAGCAAUUUAUUAUAUGUAUUCUCCGUACUAACCUAUGAAUUCACACUGCCUGAUUGCAACCCCAGUUAAUACCUUCCUAGAUGUAUAUAUAAACGGAAUAUAUGUAUUUAUUUUGCUGCAUCGACAACUGGCAGCUGAAAAGGUACUGUUGUAACUGAAAUGCCAAUGUAGAGAAAUAAAACACAUUUUCUCUUCAGAAAAUAACCCUGAACUGUGGUUCCUUAACUCCCACUACACAGGCAGAAUAAAAAUACUGGAACCCUAGUCCAUACCCUGCUCUUAACCCCGAAUUUAAAAAAAAUACAUAUGCAGUACUAAUAAUAUAUAGCUGUGAAGAGUAUGCUGUGGGGAAGUAAUUUGUUCGGGAGACAUUCAUAAACCACUUUAUCUUCGGGCCUGUGGUCAAUAUUGAUGACUGCGGAACCUAUCAAUGGCAUUAUAGUCCCAUACAUACACAGUUAUAUUCUCUCUCUCUCUCUCUCUCUCUCUCUCUCUCUCUAUAUAUAUAUAUAUAUAUAUAUAUAUAAAGAUAGAUAGAUAGAUAGAUAGAUAGCUACAUAUACAGGUUGUUAAAGUACUAAAGUUUUAAAUGUUGUACAGCUUAUUAUAAAGAACUGGUGACAGUACUAGUGUUUUUCUUUUUUUGCAUAACAAAGUGACUUAAGCUCUCAUUAUUUGUCUCCCGUAGUUUCAAGUCAAAUGAAGACUAUGUGUAUGUGAGAGGACGAGGUCGUGGAAAGUACAUAUGUGAAGAAUGUGGUAUACGUUGCAAAAAACCCAGCAUGCUGAAGAAGCAUAUCCGCACCCACACGGAUGUACGGCCAUAUGUGUGCAAACUGUGCAAUUUUGCCUUCAAAACGAAAGGUACAUAGUAAUGUAUUAAAUAUUGGUGGACUUGUUGUUAUAUUAAAUACCAAAACAAAAGUAAUGAGAUUUAUUGCCAGUGGUUUAAAUGAAAUUCAAUUCAAUCAAAAUUGAACGUUUUUAUUUUUCACCACAUAUUUAUUGUGAUCUUGUAAUUGCAGGCUAGAGAUUUUAGAAUUGCAAGUAGCCUGACAAAUUAGUUGUGCCUCCUAAGAAUUGGUUCUUAAAUUCUUUAAACACUUGUCAAUUCCUGAUACAGUUCUAAUUAAGGGACAAGAAAUGCAAGAACUGACCCAAUGCAUUCAAUUGAUAGUGUAUUGAAAGUAUACUACAAAUAAAGUUAAAUAAUAGAAAGAAAAAAAUAUAUUUAGGUCUCUAAUGUUUCUGCAAAUACAGUGUAAGUUGAAGCAGCAGGCAGACACCCCUCUGAUCAGGAAGAAGCCCCACAAAGGCUUAUUCUGGAUUUUUAUUAUCCCAUAAACUGCUGUCCAACCUAAGUCAAAUUCCUCAAUUAGCUGAGAAGACUCAGUUUUGUGAUCUAUGCAGGGGCACCUCAGGCUCUUUCCAGGUGAUGACAGAGAAGUCCAUAUGAUGACCUUUGCAAUGAUGCAGUGGUUUAUGCACUUAGAGUAACCCUUUAACUUCAGUGAUUUUCUGAAAUGUUUCUUCUCUGUUUAAUGGGAAAAUUACUGUGUAUUUUUAUGGUCCCGAUUGAACAAGAAAUAGUACAUUACCUUUCUCUCGUGCUGUAUAGGAAGACAAACUUUACCCACCUCUGUAACCACAGUUGAGUCACAAAACAAAAUACAGUUCACAAACAAAACAAAAAUGCUCACAUACUCAAUGGAAACCCACAAACAAGCCAUAAUUAAUUGUUCACAGUAAUACUACAUAUGAAAAUGUUUAGUAUUAGCUAAUACUAUGUUUCAGCUGUCACUUGAUGAAUUGAUGAGUCAAAAGCUAAAAUAAGUGUUACAUUCAUGCCUACAUGUUAUGCUUUUUUGUGCUAUUUUAAUUCAAUGAAUUUUUAUACAAACAUAAAAUCACAUAAAGGAAGAUGUGUUAAUAACAUAAAAGUAGUUCUUUCACUCCAUUGUCUUGGCAAACAUUACAUUAUACAGAACACGUAUGCGUCCAAUUACUGGGGUAAACUUUUUUUAAGGUAGAUUUUUAUUUUUCUCAAGUUUAAAUUUUUCAGUUAAAAAUAUAAUAAUAUUGUAAAUUACUCAACAUUAACUCAAUAUUAACAGAGGCAGAGUAUGAUCAAUACAAAAUAACCAAUAACAAAAAAUUCAAGGUAACCAUUGAGGAAAUAAAAUUGAUCAAACAUCCAUUUCAUUUUUAGCACUUUCAUAACAUAUCUCUUGGGCACUUUUAAAAAAUAAAUCAAUAUUUAAAACGUCAGACUCCAUGCUUUUUUUGAUAUUCACAAGAAAAGUAACAAGAAUUAUACCUGUCCUUUAACCUUGAAAUUUUACAGACUUGAGACCUUGUACAUACAUAUACAAUGCACUGCCAUAUAUUCUUCACACUUCUCAUGUUACACAAGGCGUAGCAUAUUAGCAUAAGCUUCAAGUACGAAAAAAAUUAAAUAAAUUACAUUUCUCCUGCUGCCGCUGUGGCUCCCCCUUUUUUCAAUUGCCAUUCAUUGUCAAUCAGUGUGACUACUUGUUUUUACCUCCACAGAUGCAGUUGUCAGAAGCUAUUUAAGGCACUUUGUUUUUCACCACACUAAAGGACAGUCACUGACACUACUGACUAGAUGUGUGGAAAAGCUUUUUUCUUGUAAGGGUUGUAGGGGUGAGUGGGUAAUCAUUUGCCCACUGACAUUUUACAAUUAUUUUUGGAUAGAUCCCAUAUUUUGAACUUGCAAUGAUCCCUGCUCCCUGUUUCAUUAAUACAAGAUAACAAAAGGAAAAAUAUUACGUUAUUUCACUUCCUAUUUUUUUUAUCAAUCCAGAUAUAAAAUAAAAUAAUUUUGACAUUGCAAAAUGGCUGGUAUUAUGUAGUCAUUAGGUAAUUUUUUCAUUUCAGCAUAGUCUAGUUCACCAUUUUUACCAAUUACCUUCCUGAAUUUUUUUGGGGAGGGUUUCAAAAUUCACCCAAGCAAAGCAGAGGCAUAAAACCAAAUUAUUCCUUUCCCCCCAAUUUUUUUUUUUUCUGUUGAAGUGGUUCUCAAGAACCAAUUUCUUUUCUCCUGUACACAUCUAGUUCUCAGUGAUUAAAUAAACUACAUGUGACAUGAUAACAAGAAAGGGAAAGUUUCUCUACUGGGUCAUUUGUAAACUGAUGGUAAAUAUUUGUAAUACUGAGAUCUAAUUUGUGACUGAUAUUGCAAUACAAUAUAUGUGUCAGCGCUAAAAUAAAUAGUUCUGGGAUUAAAACAACAGACUUGCAGACUCCAGAUGUAGCUUAAUUAUGAGCUAUAGUCUACUUAUAAUGCCAAUCGUUCACACUAACCGACACAAAGCAAAGUAAAGAGAGCUGCUCCACGCUGACUCUCCCUGACAGAUUUUCCUGAUGUUGCAUUUCUGUCAUGGGCAAUGUCUAUAAACUCCUUGUUGAUGUGGACAGUGCUGGGAGGGAUGGCACAAGCAGCAAAACAGAAAAGGCAUUCAGAGAAUAGUUUGCUUUUAUGGAUCUAUCAGUGGGUCAGUUUCAUGUUUAUCAAUAAUAUAAAGGCCCACAGACUCCCCGGUGGACCACUCCAUCCGUAGCUGAAUGAAUUAUUGAUAGAGUCCUGAUAGCUAGUGUUCACAUACAUUCAUCAGCAGAGAAACAACUUCCAUUUGAUGCCACGGGUCCUGAGACACAUUUAUUAAUUUAAGCCAGUUUGCACUGAAACCCUGGAAAUCAAUACGGUCUGCAAUAGAAUACUUGUAAGAUUUCAAUUUAGUCUUGUAUGUAAGCUAUUAAAAUACAGGUAAAACAUGAAAUUAUCUUAUUGUAAACUUAUCCUCACUAGAAAGAGUGUAUUUACUGUAGGGUGAAUUAGGCAGCAGGUACAACAGAUAGAUGUGAAGAUAGUGGCUGUGUUUGCUAAUGGGAUGCCACCCCUAAUAGCUUUAAUUUGCUCAUUCUUAAUGCUGUAAUCUUGAAGACAGAGUAUUCAUUCAGCAAUUAAUAAUUUAGAUGUGUGAUGGUUCAUGGUCAGAUCUAGAUGUUUUUUUUGUUGUUGUUUUUUUAAAUCUCUUUAUUUUGAAGAUUCUAUUUUAUGGGGUAGGGUACAGAAAGAAGAAUCUGGGGGUACAAGUUUAUAAUAUAUACAUUGCAUAAUAUAUGCCGAAAUAGGUUUCGUUGUGUUGUCUCUGUAUAAAACAUUAACAUUUGCAGAAAGUAAUAUAAAGUGUGGAUACAGUUAGCUGUUUGGUGUUACUUCUCGUAGUUGUAUAUACUGUUUCGUAUUGGAUUAGUUCCAAUUCUUCUUCCCAUAUUUAUUCUUAUGUAUUUGUGGCCUGGCUGGCCGGUUUUGGGAGGUGGUGUUGUCAUGUUAGGUGGUGUGUUUUCGUCUUCUGUUUUUGUGUGGUCUGUGGGGUAACAUGGGAUGGGUGUGUAGACCUCUUGUUUUUGGCCGUUUAGUUAUUUUCUAAUAAUAUGCUGGUGUCUGUCGGCGUGGCAGUGGUGUGGGCGUUGGUCGUCUCCCUGUCUUGGCUGGUUGGUGAGCCGUUUGGUGUGUCUGGAACGUUUGUGGUUAUGUUGGUGUGUGUAUGGUGGGGAUGUAAGGAGGCUUGACUGACUGAGGUCUAGUGUGGGAGGUGGUGUAUGUUCAUGUGGUGUGUGGAGUGUGAGGAAGCAGGAGGCGUAGUUAUGUAAGUGUGUGGUGGGAGGGACACAGUGAGGAGUGGAGGCUAGGGGAGAUGGAAAGAAGGGGGAAGUGAGAAAGGGAGAAGGAGGGGAAGAAAGAAGAGAGAAAGAACAGAAAGAAAAAAUUGAACAGAGAAAGAGAAAAAAAAAGGGAAAAAAAGAGGGGAGGGAGGGUAUCCAGAUGUGGUGGGAUGGAGAGUGGUUAAUGGAUCUAGGUAUUGUUUUAAUCAGUAUUUUUACUGUAAAUGAGGAUUACCUAUAGAUUGUCAAAUAUAUUGAAACAUUUGAUAUCAACACUAGCGCUAAAUUUAAAUUUCCUAUAGAAAUAAAUCAAAUUUAAAAAAACAAGUGCUACAGUAAUUCGAUGAAUAUUAAUAAACUAGUAGAUUGUAGAUUAUUCAUAUUUUGUGAUGAGUAAGGCUGUUAGAUAUUCUGAGGGACAUUGCUGAGAUGGAGCUAACAAAGACUAGACCCCUGAGUGGGGUCCUGAAAGAACUGAUAAAAGUAGAAACAUUCUCGAUUAAGCUAUAAUCACAGUUUGACUGUUAUAACCUGAAUUUCAAAUACAUUUUUGAGUUCACCACAAUUGUUUGUUUGUGGAAUAAAACCAUUAUCUGUAAACUAUAAUAAUUUCACUGAUAUAGCUAACAUCAUAAACCCGGUGUGGGCCAUAGUGCUUUGCAAAGUAAUGCGUGGUACAACUGUAGCACUCAAAGCCACCCUUAAUCGCCUCUUGUUCCGGGGGGCCCUGGAGAUGGCCGGCUGGCCACCUCAGGGCCCCCCCGAGGCUGGCAUGCACUGAUGUUGCGGGCGGCGAGGGAGCACUGUCCCCUGAGCUCUCCCUGCUCAGCCGGAAUAUGACGUCACUCUGGCCCCGGCAUCCCUAAGAGGCACACGAGGGAGCUGAAUGGGAGGAUCGGAGCUCCCUCGCCGCCCGCCUCCUCGCUCACCUGUCUGCCAGACCUCCCGACCGCCCGCCUAACUGCCAAUCUGCAGCCAGCCCCACUGGACCACAGGGAAAAAAUCCACUCCAGCACUCCCAAAGGUAGGAGGCUGGAUGGAUUGAAACGUAUUUAUUUAUUUUAAAUUGUGAGUGUGUUAGUCUGUUGGUGAGUGUUGGUGUAUGUCUGUUAGUGAGUGUGUGUGUUAGUGAGAGUGUGUAAGUUUGUCUGUUAGUGAAUGUGUCUGUUAGUGAGUGUUAGUGUGUCUGUUAUUAUUAUUAUUAUUUAUACAGUUCCAAUAAAUUCCGCAACGCUUUACAGUGGGUGGACGAACAAACAUGUAGUUGUAACCAGACAAGUUGAACACACAGGAACAGAGGGGUUGAGGGCCCUGCUCGAUGAGCUUACCUCCUAGAUGGAGUGGGGUAAAGUGACACAAAAGGUAAGGAUAGUAUUAGACUCAUGGCAGUUGCAAGAGAGGAAUCAGUCGGGAGCUAUUAACAGUUUAAUUGAUACGCUUUUAUAAAGAAGCGGGUUUUUAACAAUUUUUUGAAGGAGUAGAGUCUGGGUGAGCAUCUAACGAAGGAGGGAAGUGAGUUCCACAGGAAUGGUGCAGCCCUCGAGAAGUCUUGAAGGCGAGCAUCAGAGGUGGGAGUUCGGACAAAAGAUAGACGUAAGUCUUCAGCAGAGCGUAAGGGCCUAGACGAGACAUACUUGUGUAUUAGGGAGGAUAGAUAGGUGGGAGCAGCAUUAAGUAGAGAUUUGAAAGCAAGCAGAACCAGAAGAACCAGAAUUUUAAAUUGAGCCUUAUAUCUUACAGGAAGCCAAAGUAGGGACUGACAGAAGGGUGAGGCGUUUGAGGUGUGUAUGUGUCAGUGAGUGUGUGUCUGUCACUGAAAGUGUAUAUGUGUUUGUCAGUGAGUGUGUAUGUGUGUUUGUCAGUGAGAGUGUAUACGUAUUUGUCAGUGAGUGUGUAUGUGUCUGCCGGUGAAUGCGUAUCUGUCAGUUAGUGUAUAUGUGUGUCUGUCAGUGAAUGUGAGUGUGUGUGUAACUCUGAAUGAGUGAGUGUGCAUAUCUGUGAAUGUGUAUAGUUCAGUGAAAGUGUGUGUUGGUUAAACAAUGUGUGUGAAAAUGACUGUGUAUCUGUGAGUGUAUGUCAGUGCAUGCAUUAGUGAGGGCGUGUGUCUAUCAGGAAGAGAAAUUUGGAAGGUGGAGCCGGGGUGCCUGAGUUAUGUCAUGCCUAGGGCAGCACAAAAACAGAAUACACCACUGCUCAGAGGGUUAACUGGACAAUUUUCGGUAUAUAAUAUAACUGCAAGAACCAGUUAGGAAUCUAUUUUAAAUUUAGAUGACUUACAAGAGGAUUUGAGAUAAAUGACCUGGAAAUAUCCCCUUUUCUGUAGUUCACUCAUCCGUACCUGUCUGUCCCCUUAUAGGAAACCUAACAAAACAUAUGAAGUCGAAAGCACACAUGAAAAAAUGCCUGGAGCUGGGAGUAGCAAUGACAUCCGUAGAUGAUGCUGAAGCAGAGGAAUCAGGUACGUCACAUGAGUUUAUUUAGCUUUUUCAGUGUGUGUGGGUAGAUGAGCCACCCACGCAACUGCCUGCCAUUGGAGAUUAAAUAUAGAGUAAACCAGAGCUUUGCAACUAUUCAUUUAAAGGGGCGAUUUUUCUUAAAAAUAUGUUUCUACCCUAAAAAUCUAAGCAUAUAUUGGUUUCAGACAUUCAGUUGCUAGAUGUGUUUUGUAUCCUAUGGACCACCUAUACUAUAAUAAAUUACAUUUUAGGGGCACACCUGAAAAUGGAAAUAGCAGUUGGCAGAAGCUAGUAAUAUAUAAAAGAUAGAAAGUACAUGACCGUAAACUGAAGGAAAAUCUCAAUGAAGAAGAGAAACCUGUAUCAUGUAUUUUUCUUCAGUAUGGUUUUCUGUAAUGAUAAGCAUGAUUUUUUUUGCAGUAGGCUCAUUGCCUUUCCUACUAGCUUUCUUAUUUUGCUUUUUUUUUUUUUUGUGAAAACAGUUUAAUUUAUUAUACGUUGCUACCUUACUACCAUUUCUGUUGGUAUUCUUCCAUGCAGGAAGAGACUUGGCCUUAUAGUGCUUUAGCUAAGGGGCAAGCUACCUUCUGCACUCCCAAUGUUGUGGACUGUAUCUCCCCUGAUACUUUGCCAGCAUUGUGGCUAUAUGAGCAUUAUGGGAGCUGUAAUCUACAGUUUUGGAAGUGCUGAUGUUUGCCUGCCCUUUCUUUAGUUAGUAGAGUGUGUAUUCUUAGUUACAUAUAACAUUUGUUUCUAUCCCAAUUACGAAAUUUCAAAGUUUGAUUUUUAAACCCAUGACAACUUGUGAUGCUUUUACAGGAAAUUUCCUUUAAAUAAAUCAAAACAAGAUUCACAAAAUAUUAAUAAGUUUCCGUCAGUAUUACUUUUAAUAUAAUUAGCACUUUAAAUUAGAGUUGGUCAGUAGGUGUUUAACCCCUUAACGACCGAUGACAGUUCAGGACCGUCAUCAGAAACCCUUGAGGACUGACGAUUGUCCUGAACUGACAAAAUUACUUACCCGAUCGCCGCAGUUCCCCUGCUGGCGAUCGGCGUUACUCCGGGUCUGGAGGGACUGCCUGACAACCCAGGCAGUCCCUCCUCUGCAAAUUAGGCCACCGUGGCCAUGUGAUCGCUCUAACAUGGCCGCAAUAGAUGUCCAUGUAUCUGCCUGCAGGGGGACUGACUGUGCUGACAAAAUAAAAAAUAUAAAUAAAAAUAUUAGUAAAUAAAAAAAUAAUAAUAUAUGUAUUUUAUUUAUUUAUUUAUAUAUAUAUAUAUAUAUAUAUAUAUAUAUAUAUAUAUAUAUAUAUAUAUAUAUAUAUAUAUAAUAUAUAUAUAUAUAUAUAUAUAUAUAUAUAUAUAUAUAUUAAAAAAAAGUAAUAAGCCCUUGCACUCCAACUCAAAAAAACAAUGAUACCCGGUGCUCUGGUAGCUAAGCACUAUAUACAAAAAAGUACCGGCACUCCAAGGAUUUCCAGAAUGUAAUCUUCUUUAUUCUAAAUGACAUCAACGUUUCAGCUCCCUUACAGAGCUUUAAUCAGGAUAAACCUGGAGUUGGCUAGACCAAGGAGUUGGCUAGACUCCCAAAUAUAUAUAUAUAUAUGAAACAUGGGGGGUGGUUGCACUCACCUGAACAUGCUUAAAUGGGGUGCUGCUGGGGGCCAUAUUAUACAAUAAACAAUACACAAGAUCCAGCGCACUCUCCUAUCUACUAAACAGCAACUUCAAUGUUGAAACAUUUUAUUAGUUUUUUUUUUUUAAGUUUUUUCUUAGCGUUUUUUUUUUAUAUCUUGUGUAUUGUUUAUUGUAUAAUAUGGCCCCCAGCAGCACCACAUUUAAGCAUGUUCAGGUGAGUACAACCACUCCCCCUUGUUUCAUAUAUAUAUAUAUGAGUUUUAAAAAAAAACUAAUAAAAUCUUUCAACAUUGAAGUUGCUGUUUAGUGGAUAGGUGAGUGCGCUGGAUCUUGUGUUUUGUAUUAUUUGGCCCCCAGCAGCACCCCCAUUUAUGCAUGUUCAGGUGAGUGCAGCCAACCCCCCCUUGUUUCAUAUAUAUAUAUAUAUAUAUAUAUAUAUAUAUAUAUUUGGGAGUCUAGCCAACUCCUUGGUUUUGCACCCCUCCCUGUUACAGGUGUACUGCAGAGAGCCUCAGAUGGAAUUUUUUUCCCCAAGUUAGUGAGUUUUCACAUAAGAGUAGACAUUAGACUGUAAGAGUAGGACCUGCCAAAGAUGGGGUACAUUGACGUUGUCGCAGGCUUAUGCAAUGUAUGGUACAAAAGUAUAAAACAAUCAAGUAAAAAUGGCGCUAUAAAAUCAAUAAGAAUAAUAUCACUAACAAAGGCUAGCAAGCACUAAUAAAAGUGAAAUAGCUCUAAAACCACUCAAAUAGAAUACAAAAAAAGAACAAAAGUGCGCUGUGCCUUUAAGUGCUAAUGUAACAAUAUGAACAAUUUGUAAACAAAUACUGAUCCAACAGUAGUGAAUAAAGUGCAAAUAAAUUUUAUCCAGUAGUUAAUACCCUGUGAAUAUGUGCUCUUUGUGAAGUUCAAACAAAAAAAGCACUUACUCCUUUAAAUAUAGAAACUGUUGACGAUUGAAGGAGUAUCUCUUUAAAACGCUCCACAUAGAAAUAGAAAAUAGGGGAACAAAAGAACACAAUAUAGUGUAACACUGUAUAACAAAUGUAAUCAGAAGAUAAUAAAAGAAUACCACUCACAAUGGUAGAGCAGAAUAAAGUCUGCUCCAACUAUAAAAGCUUUCAAAUCCUCUCAACAGGAUUCUGUAGGAUAGUAGAUAAAUGUGCUUGAAGCAAGCAGGACGGCACCAAAUAAAAAUAAAACUUUUAUUGGUAUAAAAUUACACAGUGAAUCAUCACCCCUCUCCCUGGAAAGCCAAGCUGGUUCAAGUCCCCUUCUGACUCGCGGCAUGCACUUGCGGUCUUCCAGUGGUUAGAUGCUUCCGAGAAUAGGAGGUGCUGUUGACACGUAAUGACGUUGUGCGUCCGAAAAACGUGAUGACGCGUUUCGCCUUAACGGCUUCCUCAAAUCACGUUCGGGUGGUUGCCGUCUCUCAAAGUAUAUACCCGUCUGUGUAGCCAUGGUAUCAGCUUCAAUAGUCCCAAAUGCAAUCAAAGUCCGUGGACUCCAGGGCAUAUUGCCUAAAUGUCUCUUUAUAAAAAUGUCCAUAAUCUCAAAAAUCAUGCAAUGUAUGAUCAUAUAAUGUAACUAAAUCCCCAUUAUUUUUUGCCUAGAUUAGGUGUUUUUUUAAAAAACCUUUAGAAAAAACUUUUUAAAAAACUAAUAAACUCUGUCAACAUUGAAGUUGCUGUUUAGUAGAUAGGAGAGUGCGCUGGAUCUUGUGUAUUGUUUAUUGUGUAUAAUAUGGCCCCCAGCAGCACCCCAUUUAAGCAUGUUCAGGUGAGUGCAACCACCCCCCAUGUUUCAUAUAUAUACAUAUAUUAUAUCUAUAUAUAAUAUGUAUAUAUAUCUUGUAUAUAUAAUGUAAUACUAAGAGUAUUUUUAUAUUAAUAUAUAUAUAUAUUAAUAUAAAAAUACACUUAGAAUUAAAUUACACACAUAUAUACUAUAUAUAUAAUCACUAUAUAUAUAUAUAUAUAUAUAUAUAUGUAUAUAUAAAUAAAAAUAAUACGAUAUAUAUAUAUAUAUAUCCAUAUACAUAAUUACAUAAAUAAUUUCAUAAAUAUACACGUAGACUUCAAAUAUUUAAAUAUGUGUAUACAUAUUUAAAUUCUAUGUGCAUAUUUAUGUAAUAUUUUUACAUAAUUAAAUAAUAUUAUUGAUUGCAAUUUGAGGGACCUGCCUGACAACCCAGGCCGAAAGUCUAGAGAAUUUAAUUUGCUAGCACUGUACAAUGUAUCUUUGCAUGACACCCUAAAACCUGUACAUGUGGGGUACUGUUUUACUUGGGAAACUUCGUCGAACACAAAUAUUAGUGUUUCAAAACAGUAAAACAAAUCAGAGCAUAAUAUUGUCAGUGAAAGUGAAGUUUUUUGCAUUUUUCACACACAAACGGCACUUUCACUGAUGAUAUCAUUGUUGUGAUAUAUUUUACUGUUUUGAAACACUAAUAUUUGUGUUCAGCGAAGUCUCCCGAGUAUAACAGUACUCUCCAUGUACAGGUUUUAUAGUGUUUUUGAAAGUUAUAGGGUCAAAUAUAAAGCUUGAUUUUCCGUUUUUUCAAUUUGCCAGAUUGGUUAUGUUGUCUUUGAGAGCGAAUUGUAGCCCAGGAAUGAGAAUUACCCCCCAUGAUGGCAAACCAUUUACAAAAGAAGGCAGCCCAAGAUAUUGCAAAUGGGGUGUGUUCAGUCUUUUUUUAGUAGCAACUUAGUCACAAACACUGGCCAAAAUUAGCUUUUUAUAAUGUUUUUUUUUUGCAUAUUUAACACACAAACAAAUGUAAAUGCUAACUUUGGCCAGUGUUUGUGACUAAGUGGCUACUAAAAAAAACUGGACAUACCCCAUAUUGAAUACACUGGGUUUUCUACUUUAAAAAAAUAUGUACAUGUGAGGUGUGAUUCAGAGAUUUAUAUAUAACAAUGUCACUAUUGAUCAAUUUUUAAAAAAUAUUUAUUUUGUACUUAUAGCCCUAUAGCUUUAAAAAAAAGGAACGUAAACACUGGGUGUUUUUAAACUCAGGACAACAUUUUGAAUCUAUUUAGCAGUUUUUUUUCACCAGCUUUUGUAGAUGAGUAAAAGAUUUUUCAAGUAAAAGUAAAAAAAAUGUGUUUUUCAAUUUUUCACCAUAUUUUUUUUUUUUUUUUAAGUAAGUAUUAUAUGACAUGAUACAAAUAAUGGUAUGUAAAGAAAGCCAUUCUUGUCCUGAAAAAAACAAUAUGGGAUAUUUGUAUGGGAACAGCAAAUGAGAGAGAGGAAAAUUACAGCUAAACACAAACACCACAAACGUGUUAAAACAUCCCUGGUCCUUAAAGGACCACUAUAGUGCCAGAAAAAUAAAAUUGUUUUCCUGGCACUAUAGUGCCCUGAGGGUGCCCUCACCCUCAGGGUCCCACUCCCGCGGGGCUGAAGGGGGAGGAACGGGGUUAAACACUCACCUUUUUCCAGCGCUGGGCUCCCUCGGCACUGGAGACUCUCCUCCUCCUUCGGUCGUCAUUGGCUGAAUGCGCAUGCGCGGCAAGAGCCGCGCGCGCAUUCAGCCAGUCCAUAGGAAAGCAUUCUCAAUGCUUUCCUAUGGACGCUGGUAUCUUCUCACUGUGAAGCGCGGAAGCACCUCUAGCGGCCGUCAAUGAGACAGCCACUAGAGGCUAGAUUUACCCAUAUGUAAACAUAGCAGUUCUCUGAAACUGCUAUGUUUACAGUAGGCAGGGUUAACCCUAGAGGUACCUGGCACCCAGACCACUUCAUUGAGCUGAAGUGGUCUGGGUGCCUAUAGUGGUCCUUUAAUGUACAGCAUUGCCAAAACAGUCCGGUCCUUAAGGGGUUAAACAAAGGCACCUGGGGACAUGUAGUGUCAGCAACCAAUUAGAACCUACGAUCACAAUGGCUUGAUUAGAUUUCUGGUUUCCUAUGUGCAAGGAAGAGUAAGUUGUGAUGUUGAAUGCUUUCCACUUCAAGACAGGCUGUGUUAGUGAUAAAUCUUUAAUGAAUUUUGAAUAAUAAAAUCAAAACAAAUACCUAUUGAAAUGAUAAAAAACAAUGUAUUUAAAUCCUGAUUUGACAUUGUUUAAUACUUAAACUAUUACUUAACUAUUGGUCAAUUAUAUUUUUGAAGUGCAAUAGUGUGAUGAUAUAACUGUUCUUUACUAAAGGUGACAAAUAGUAGAAUUUUAUUACACUUUUGCUUAUUUCAGGAGAAAAGUAAAAAUUUCUCACUUUAUUUUCCUUCCUUUUUAUAGUGAGAGUAUAUCUGUUUUCAAGUGUUAAAAUUAUAAACAUUUCAAAGUCAUAAAUCCAUGGAAAAUUCAAUGUAAAUAAGUAAAGCUGACUACCCACCAUCAAAUUCAACAAAAAUAUAUUUUUAUCGUAGUUUUACAAAGUGAAUGCUGGAAUUCAGACAAAGAGUCAUUUGCUUUAAAUCAACUGGCAGUAUGGUCUAGGAUUUAGCACACAUCUGUAAUAUCUCUCCCAUAACCUACAGUUCAGUAGUCUUGUAUGUGUGCUAUUAUUACAGGCAUUGAUCAUUUGGAUUGUAUUAAACACUCCAGCACUUGACAUUAUUUGCAUGUCAUUAAUGUACCAAGGUGGCAUUUUUAAACGUGUAAAAAAAUGAACUUUUUAAUUUGGCAUAAUAAAAUCCUGAAGCUGUUAAUUUACUUUUAAUCAUUAUCCAACCAGUAUGACUACUGCUCAGUGCUGUCAUUCUUCUUAUUAAUCAUUGACUGUCUUUUUGCUAGAAUUCACGCUUUUAAAAAUAUGUUUAUUAUUUUUUGCCGCUAUUCAUAUCUUCUACAAAUCAUUGGAAGUAAUACAUAUAGGACAAUGCAUUUAUGUUAUUUUGAUAAGAAAAAAAAAGUAUUGAUUUGUAAAAACAUUUUUUUCUUCAGGAAGUAUCGAAGAAACACAGAAAGAAUCUGAAAAGAAUGUCACAGCUAACGAUCACCAGUUUUCUGAUGCUGAAGAAUCAGAUGGAGAUGAUGGUGACGAUAAUGAAGACGAUGACGAUGAUGAUGAUGAUUUUGAUGAUAACCAAGGAGAUAUAACACCAAAAACAAGGUCAAGAAGCACUAGCCCUCAGCCACCCAAGUUUUCAACAUUAUCUGUCACAGCUGCUUCAGCAUCCCAGAGAACUUCACCCGAUGGCUCCAUAGGCCAUUCCUCCUUAAUGACUUAUUUAUCAACUUUGCCCAGUAUUCAAGUUACACAUCUCAUGACACCAAGUGCUAUGUGUGGAGAUUCACAAGUGAUGGAAUAUCAAAGGCUUUUCCUAACCCGAGAUAGAAUGGAUAUAUCUGGCAGCAUGGAUGAGGACUAUAUGCUUACAUCUGAACCUAGUUCUUCUCCCAAGGAUUUCUCUUCCUGCAGUCACCAUUCUUCACCAGGAUAUGAUUCUUCCCCUUGUAGAGAUAAUUCUCCAAAGAGGUACUUAUCACUUAGAGGGGAUUUGUCUCCCAGAAGGCACUUAUCACCAAGACGAGAUGCUUCACCAAUGAGGCACUUAUCACCAAGAAAAGAAGCCGCACUGAGGAGAGAAUUGUCCCCAAGAAGAGACAUAUCACCACGGCGUCAUCUUUCACCUUUGAGGCCAAUGUCACCAGGGAAAGAUAUGUCUCCUGGAAGAGAUCUAUCUCCAAGACAAGAGAGGAGAUACAUGGGCUCAUUUAGACCAGUUUCCCCCAGAAGACGUUUACACCAUAACACAAGUUUGCCAAUGAGUCACUAUUUGCACUCAGACUCAGGACUGCUGGGGCAUGGAGUAAGUAAAAUUGUUUAUAAAUAUACUAAUAUCCUAAACAUGUACAUAAUAAGUAUUGUUCUUAUCUAAUAUCAACUAACUACUUUGCUAUGCCGUCUCUUUGCAGUGGUAAAUUAGAGUUAAAAAUAAUGGCUUUGUAUGUAUGGCAUGGAAUUUACUGGUAUAUACUGUGUGAGGGUGCUGUGGUGUUGAAUAGUAUAUGCAAUGGGUAUAUGGAAUGAGCAGUGAGUGAGAUAAGUGCGUAUGGAUUACCUUUUUGAAGCUAUGUUGACUUGCAGGUUUUGUGUGUGAUGCGGACACCAAAAAAGUGUCUCACACAAUUCUAAUACGCCUACUAUAUUCAAUGGAAGUUACAUAUAUCAUAUAUAAACGAGUAGCUGAGCACUUGGCAGGAGUUCCACUCACUGGAUAAGAUAAAUAGAACUAGCUACUUAAAGGGACACUAAAGUGUCAGAAACACAAAAGUGUAUUACUGACAGGAUAGUUCUAAAAUCCCUGUUUAAGUGGUCGCCCCUCCCCCUUCUAUUGGGUUAGAGGGAUGAUUUACUCACCUCUUUCCAGUGCCGUGCAGGGUUCCUUGCAUCUGGCCCCACCCCCAAUCCAGCUCCUUGGCUGACAUCAUCAGAAUUGAUGAUUUCAGCCAAUUACAAUGCUUUCUCAAUCAGGUGGAGGCAGAGCCAAACGCCACACUGGCCAGCAUCGCCUUAUAGAAAUGUAUUAAAUCAAUGCAUAUCUAUGGGAAAAGUUCAGUGUCUCCAUGCAGAGCAUAGAGACACUGAAUGUAAGUGUUGCACUCUGUGCUGCACUGAUCCAGGAAGCACCUCUGGUGGCCAUCUGAGGAGUGACCACUGGAGGGGUCACUGGGCUGUAAUGUUAACAGUAACUUUUUGUUUAAAAGACAGUGUUUACAUUAAAAUACCUGCAUGGACCAGGACGCGUGGGGGGGGCGAAGGAUUGAUGGCUGCCCCGCCUCCGGGGGUUCCUCAGAGGGAUUCAGCCGGGGUCAUGGAUUGGGGGGGCAGGCGGAGCCGCUGGGGGGAUAUGGAGCACUCUGCGGUGGGACCCAUGGUCCAGCGCUUCCCUUCCAGAGACGCACCCCACAGUGGGGUAACAUACAGCAAACAAGCUCACACAUUUCAUAGGACACAUCCCACUCUCAGGGGACAAUAGGUAUCUCUCUUCUUACGCACACCUUCUUUCUUACUUGCUUUUAAUUCUCCCUUUCUACUGAUGGUCAUUCGGUUCAUUAUCUAAUAAAACAAAAAAGUAUUGGACACCAUGGGCUCGUUUAAGGACCUUAAGGCACAACUAAUGUAACUUGACAUGUAACAACCGACAUUUAUAUUGUACCUGAAAGAACAUACUGUCAUAUCUUAUGCAGCAACAACAUGUUAUUGCAUUGUUAGCGAUGUCAAACCAUAUCAUAUGCUGUUAAUACAAAAAUAAAGAAUUUAAAAAACAAAAAUGCCUGCAUGGACUGACUAUACUCACCAGAAAAACUACAAUAAGCUGUAGUUGUUCUGGUGACUAUACUGUCCAUUUAAGCAGCUGCAUUGUGGCUUACUAACAGUUCCCUUAGAAUAUAUAAAACACCGUAUUCCGAUGAGCUAUAUCAUUACAUAGGCUUUUUCAUUGUAUCCCUGGAAAGAGCAUAUUACUGAGAUUUGUCUUGGAUUGUAUAGCAUGUGUACACUAUACAUGUAUUUGGACAAGUAGACAGGAAGCAUUAGUUUUUCCUGUGAUGUAUCUCAGUAAGGGGGUAGGCUCAUACACUGAACAAAAUUAUAAGUGCAACACUUUUAUUUUUGCCCCCAUUUUUCAUGAGCUGAACUCAAAGAUCUAAGACUUUUUCUAUGUACACAAAAGGCCUAUUUCUCUCAAAUAUUGUUCACAAAUCUGUCUAAACCUGUGUUAGUGAGCACUUCUCCUUUGCUGAGAUAACCCAUCCACCUCACAGGUGUGGCAUAUCAAGAUGCUGAUUAGACAGCAUGAUUAUUGCAAAGGUGUGCCUUAGGCUGGCCAAUAAAAGGCCACUCUAAAAGGUGCAGUUUUAUCACACAGCAGAAUGCCACAGAUGUCGCAAGCUUUGAGGGAGCGUGCAAUUGGCAUGCUGACUGCAGUAAUGUUUACCAGAGCUGUUGCCUGUGAAUUGAAUGUUCAUUUCAAGGUGCUUCCAAUAUCCAGCAACUUCACACAGUCCACAAGCAACAACCUGAUCAACUCUAUGCGAAGGAGAUGUGUUGCACUGCAUGAGGCAAAUGGUGGUCACACCAUAUACUGAUUGGUUUUUGGAUCCCCCAAUACAGUAAGACUGCACAUUGUAGAGUGGCCUCUUAUUGUGGUCAGCCUAAGGCACACCUGUGCAAUAAUCAUGCUGUCUAAUCAGCAUCUUGAUAUGCCACACCUGUGAGGUGGAUGGAUUAUCUCAGCAAAGGAAAAGUGCUCACUAACACAGAUCUAGACAGAUUUGUGAACAAUAUUUGAGAGAAAUAGGGCUUUUGUGUACAUAGAAAAUGUCUUAGAUCUUUGAGUUCAGCUCAUGAAAAAUGGGGGCAAAACAAAAGUGUUUCGUUUAUAAUUUUGUUCAGUGUAGCUGUAGCAAUAUUUGCAAAGCCCUGUAAAAAUAAGAAAUGAUGAGCUAGGAGAUGGGGAUAACAUGCUUACAUCUUUAUCAUUGGAAUAUUCCUUUACAUUUGUGAGCCUGUGGUUUAUGGUAAAGCUAGCUGUUCAAUAGUCACUCUUCUUUUAAAUAUAUAAAACGGUGUGGCUUUGCAUAUAGCAACUGGAAUUAUUAAAGCUAUAUACCCUACAAUCCGAAUAGAAUUCAGUUAAGAAAUGGCUUAAAAAUGAGGUGUGUACAUAUUUAGGUACAAGUGUUCUGGUGCAUCAAUGCACUUUGACAGAUGCCAACUUUGUAUGUACACAAAGCACUGUGAGAGUAAUCAAGCAAUACAUAUGUAGAAUUAUCUCAGCUUCUAUAAGCUAAAACAAAUCACAAAGUUGUCAUAGCAACAUAUUUUAAGGAUCACUAAAUAACCCUUAGGGUCCCCCCACCCUCAGGGCCCCCCUUCAGUUACUUACUUUAAUCCAGCGCCGGGCUCCCUGGCGCUGGUGACCUCUCCUCCACCCCGGACAUCGUGUCCCAAGUGGAGCGGAAUGCGCAGGCGCGGCAAGACCCGCGCGCGCAUUCAAACAGUCCGUAGGAAAACAUUUCUCAAUCGACGUUUCUCUUCCACUGAGAGCAGCCUGUGAUCAUGUGUACUAGUGGAGACCUCCAUAAGGGUGAUCCUUGAGGUGACUUGUUCCAUGUCAUUUUUAAACUAGGCCAUGUUGUCCGCUGUGUUCGUACGAAGUUCUAUGAACAUGCUUUUUAGCAGGGCCGCUGUGACUGGUUCGCUUUCUGUAGGAUCCCUGGCUUUCUGCCCUGGUAGUAGGUAAAUGAAGCCCCCUCUCCCUGGUCGAAGGAGAUGUCCUCUGAAGAGUAAGUGGAACCCUGUCUCCCAGCGUCAUCUUGUCCCAUGCAGACUUGUGCAAGCUCCGCAGCAGAUCCCCUAUAUCUCGGCUGGUAAGACCUUUGUCAGCUUUUGUUGUUUCAGGGUUUUCCAGCCCAAAUUACCUUCGGGUAACAAGUGGUUGGGUGGCCAAAUUCCACCUGAUAACCACUAUUUCUGUGGUCAGCUGUGGUGAUGCCUGUACAUUUCUAAUAGGGGUACCACAUCCUAAGUGUCCUAAGAUAAAAAUGUGCAACUGCGAAGGAGCUCAAGGGAUUGCACUGGGCACUGGUUGCACAGCUCCCUUCUGCCUCCUGUAUUGAGCUGCGGUGCUUAGAGGGAUCGGACAACAUAUACACAGAGUGAUCCCAGCAGCUCACCACUGGACCCCAGUGGUGAGGCUCCAUUUUAAACCUCCAAGCAAAGGUAAGAAAGGUAGGCUGGGAAUACCUAAUUGUAAGAAAAUAAAAUCAUAAGCUAUUAUAACUUGUGUACAUGUGUGUUUGUAGAUUUGUGUAUGUAUGUUAAUGUGUGUGGGAAUCUGACUGUGUAUCUAUAUUUGUGCAGUAUUGGUUUUCAUAAUCAUUUCAGCUUAAAAAAAAUACAAAUAAAUACAUAUCGCCUCUCAGUCUGGAGAACAGAUUUUUAGAUUUUUUUUAAUUCACUUUAAAUGUGUAGGAUUAGUUAGGGACAUUAAAAUUGUGUAUUCAAGCUUUAUUUUCCUUGCGUUUCUACAGAGUCUCUUAGGUAUCUAAUACUGUGUAGAGGGCCAAUUCUCAAAAACUAAACACAUUGCAAGUGUGACCUCUGUUCUCUAAGACUUUGGCAGACGUUGCAUGUUACAUAGUGAGAGGGGAAUGCUGCAGCACCAGUGAUACAGGCACGUUGUUAUUAAAGAUUUUUGGUAAAUAACACUUCACGUAGGUCCCAAGAUAUAGUAACUGAAAAGCUGUCUAGAAGCCAGCAUGGCCUUAUGUUCACCUCCUUAUUUUAAAGUAAUAUUGCUAUAUUUCUCUUCCCUGUUUUAUCCAUCACGCGUAUUUGCCUAUCUUUGUCUGCUUUGCAGUCUCUCCCAGUUCCACCCCCUUUAUCAGUCUUCCCUAAUGCAACCUUUCCCAUCACAUCAAAUCUCCAUGUUGUCCCUCUUUAACUAUGUAGGUGUUGUUCCCAUUUUUGUUGUCCCCCUUUAACUAUGUAGGUGCACAAUUAAACUUAAAUUGCAAUCUUGAGAUUCAGUUACGGAAAUGUGUGAAGGUGUGAUACGGGUCUAAUCAUAAAAGUAUCUUUCUUUUUCAAUAGAAAUAGCAUGGAUUGGAGAUAUACCUCGAACAUGUAUCAUUUGAUAAUGGUGAUGCUGGAACCUGAAAUGAACAAAAUGUAUACUUAAUACACGUAUGGCUCAUAGAUAUCAAUAUUUCAAGGCUAUUUAAAAUCUUUUGGUGAUUGAGUCUCACUACUAAUUACAAAGUAUACCAAUAUCAGUGGGCCCUAGACUACAUGUAUACCUUUUAACAGUGUUAUGCUUUAUUGAAACACAUCAGAGACAGCUUUAUACAAAAUAGAACAGCUGUUUGUGUCACAAAAUAUUUGACACAAAAUAAGCUAAUUCUCUAAAAUAUACUAGUUGUAAUUUUAUAUUCAGAGAUGAUACAAAAUAGAACAACUGUUUGUGUCAAAAAAUACAAAAUAUCUGAAUAAAAAUGAGCAGAUUCACUAAAAUAUACUAAUUUUAAUUUUGUAUUCAGAGAUGAUAUUUUAUUUUGUGUAUAAAAUCAAUUAGCUCUUUCAUCAUUCAAUAAUACUUUUUUUCUUCUGACAGACUUCACGGAAGAGCUGGCCACAAAUCCCAUAUACAGGGCUGCCUCCAGAAGAUGCUCCUGGAUACCAAAGCACUUGUCCAGCUCCAGAUGUCCACAGCGACUAUAUUUUCAGCCACCUGCCAUUGCACUCACAGCAACAAAUACGAGCACCUUUACCAAUGAUCCCAAUUGGGGGAAUCCAAAUAAUCCACUCGAAUUCUGCAAUUCAACCUAGUCCUCAUACAUCUACAACCACACCUUUGCACCCGAGAAGCUCAGAUGAGAAAAUAAAUAUAUCUCCUGAGUCAUGUGAGAGUUCCACAUCGCACCUUGAGAAACAUUCUUUUAUUAGUAUCCCUUCGAUAGACACUUUAUCUGGAGAAGCUACCACUCUCUUACCCUCACCAGGGCAAAGUCCUUCUGAUGAAAGCUUCAAGCCCACAGAAAGGGAGCAGGAGGAAAAUAUACGUACUUGCACAAAAGCCAUUGCUUGCCUGAGGAUUGCCACGGAGGAAGGUCUACCGCCAAAGCGGGACCAACUGUCUCAUCCUCCUGUGCCCAAUCAGAAAACUUUAGGAAGUGCACAGCCCAGCAUUAGGCACUUUAGUGGACUUGAGGCGGGCACGUCACUUGCAUGCGCCUCAUCCACCCAUGUUGACUUGCACGGAGAAAAAGACAGUUUUGGUACAUCACAAUCUACAUCGGCUCAUUCCAAAUUCUAUAGUAAGAGCAUGGACAUGACAAAACUAGGCUUUCAUGCACGGAAAGAAGAAUCACAAGAAGUGAAAGACACAUCGUCCGAAGCUAGCAAAAUGCAUUGAUUUGAAUGAGCAUGUAGACUUUUUGAUUGACUUUAUUUUAUUGUAGAAAAAAACAAAACAUUCAUAGCAUGUCCAAUGUACUUAAAAAUAAUUUCCCCUUGAAAUUAAUUUUAUUAUAUUAAAAUAAAUUCUCUCUCUCUC